UUAUUUUUUUUUUAACUUUACAUAUAAUAAUUGAAGGGGCGGCCAUCUUGGUUCCCUGUCAACUUUCUAUUUGAUCUGAAUAAAAAUAAAUCCCCUUCCAACAAAUCCUUUUUUUUUUCUUCUCUCUAAUAUUUAAAAAAACAAAACUCCUUUUUUCCAAAUCAGCUUUCCUCUUAUUUAUAUAUUUUAAGUGUUUUGAUUUUUUUUAUUUUUUCUUCGAUUCGCAAUUUAAAAAAAAAAAAAGGGAAGUUUUUUUUGGACAAAGAAACGCGGAUUUCACCCCCUCCGCCCCAGUGUUGAUUUUUUUUUAAUCUUAAAGUGAUAUUUUUAAAUUAAUAUUUAGAGAGAUUUUAUGAAGUAAACAUUGGGGAUCUCUCUGGAAGAAGUGAAUUUUGAGGUAAAUUUGCGGCUUUCUGAGGUAAACUCUCGGCUUUUCUUUCCCCCCCGAAAGGAAAGUUAGUCGAUCUCCCCGCGGCCGUUCCCCGGGAGCCGAGCUCGGUAACACGGCCAAUGUCCUCCCCGCUGAAGGACGAGGAAGAAGAAGAGGAGGAGGAAGAAGAAGAGAUGGCAGUGUCCGAAGAAGGGGACGGCGAAAAGGAGGAGGAAGACGAAGAUGAAGAAGAGGAGGAGGAAGACGAAGAUGAAGACGACGAGCCGCAGGCGACACAAAGCCGCCAUAGCCCCAGCCUCUUUUCCCCGCCAACGGCCUCGAGGGAGCCGGGGAGUGUUGAAACCGACGAGACACCAACGGUCGCCGCUGCCGCAGGUAAACUGGGAGGGGGAGCGGGCGACGAGGGGAGGCUAGAAUGUUGGGGCGGCUUCAAGGCCCCCCUCGGCCCCUUUACAUACUGCAUUAACCGUCGGACGGUCUCACUGCAGAGAGGGAGGGGGACAGGGGGACUGAAGCCGUGUGUCCCCCUAUUGUUUGACUUGGUGACGGCAGCCCCCCUGUGUCCACCUCACCCCCCUUCUCUGUGGUGUGGUCUGUCCCUUCACCUUUAAAGCGGGUUACACCAAGGGGGAGGUUCCCGCCACUUUUAGUGCUGUGACAUUAGAGGUGUCUAUCCUCAAGGUGUUAAUGCGCUAAUGCCUAAUUAUAAGAUUAUAUUAAGGAAAUAUAAAUCCAUAUGCCGUGUUUCUAUUAAUCACCUAGGGGUGUUAUUCGUUUAAUUACGUUCAGACACACGACUGUUAUCCAUUUAGUAGGAAUCUGCAUGCCACCUUACUAAUGCAUAGUGACCCAGUCAAAGGCAUCACUACCUGCAAGUGGAUGUUCUGCUCUGCUCUAAUCUGCUUCCACUAAAAGGAGUCAAAACAUGCAAAAUCAGUAGUCAUGGACAGAGAAAGCUCUGCUCAUUCACGAAGUGUUACAUUAAUAUGUAGAUUCAGUAAAAUAGAUCAGAACAUGCAGAAUAAGCUCUGUGAAAUCAUAACCUAAUGAACUGGAAUAUACUGUAUAUUGUUAACUUGCGUUGCAGUAUAUCAGUACUCUGCCAUAUUAUUAUUAGUUUAUGGCGUUUACGUAGCGCCAAUGUAUUCCGACGUGCUUUACAAUAUUAUGAUGAUAAGCUUGUAACCUGGUUCACUAAAAGGCAUCACAACCUGCGCUCUCCAUCCACACAGUCUUUGCUCUGUUAUACAGGUUCACUGGGAGGAAUCACAUGUGUAUAAUAGCAAUCUGCUUAGUCAUGGGAUGCCAAAACUGAUGGCUUAAUAGAAGGUGUCCCAGUAUGCAGAUAACAUUUAGAAAGUGGGACCACACUGAAAGCCUCGGGUUACAAGGGGGGCCGGUGAAAUAUGCCAUAGGGUUUGAAUGAAACCAGAAAUAAUAAUUAUUAUUAUUAUUUAUAUAGCGCCAGCAAAUUCCGUAGCACUGUACAAUGGAAUGGCUAUUUUACCAAGAUAACGCCUUCUGUUGCUAUGUUUUUAAAUUGAUAAUAUUGAUUCCCCGAAGGGCAGCUGUAAUGUUCUGCAAUAUGCUGCAGGGUUGACACAUUGUUUCUCUGCAGGAUUCUUUGGAAUUCUGCAUUCUGUCAGGCAGGACUUCGAAUCUCUCCCAGACAGAAUGAGGAAUUAACGUGCUCCCAUGUGAAAUCAAAUUAACUAAUCAUGGCCGCUCCUUCGGGAUCCCCACUACGAGUAGUUAAUUGAUUUCACACAGGGAACAAUUCCUAGGCCGGCCACUCGCAAUUUACUCAAAAAUUUCUGAAGACAAGCCUACUGACUGGUCCAGUAAAAGGCAUCACUAUAUGCAUGAUAUUUUUUAUUUAAUAAGUCACAUGAAGCCAACUGCAAGCAUAUGUGUGUGUUAUAUUGUUUGUGGAAUGUGUUGCAUUGAUAUGUUUUGAUUUUUAAUAAUUUGUUUUAUAACGCUUAUGAAGAUUUUUUUAGCUGGAAUAUUUAUGGAGCACCUGGCUACACAAGUUAUAGCAAUGAUUCUAUUUUUUUUUAAUGCUUCCUGUCAAAAUGUAUUAAAUCUGUGUUUUUAGGGGCCACAGCCCGCAGCACUGCACGCUAACAGAGGUUUAAUGAGGGUUCUCUCCGGCUGUGGAAAUGCUGAUGUACUGUAUACUGAUGAAUAUUGAUCUGUGAGCCGCCCAUGCUUCUUUCUUCUGAUUUUACACAUCAGAUCUAUUCAAUUCAGCAAGUGCUGUGAAUAUUUUAUAGAGAGGUGUAAUGUGAUCCCAGGAGCAUAGGGAAUGUGGGAUAUAAUAGAUUUACUAUUGAAUGGCUCCGACUCCCAACCUAAAUCAAUUCUUAGGCCCAAAACGGCUGAUAGACAUUCCUCAUUUUAAUGUUUCACACGGCACUGAGAAUGCGGCUUUGAGGCCUGUUAUGUUCCUAAGAGGCCCUUUUAUAUAGCGUAUUAAAUUGCAGUUUACACAUGGUAAAAAAUAAUGCUGUGGUAUUUGUAUAUUUUAUUUAUAUAUAUAUAUAAAAUCAGAAACCUGUCGUUGAACUACUACUCCCAUGUUUCUGAGCCUUCCUGGAGAAUUCCCUUCUGAUUAUAAAAGUGUGUGUCUUAAUAGAGGCCACUGGUAGAGGACUGAACUGCAGGGUCUCGUGGGUGUUGGAGGAUGGUUAGGAUCCUGCUGAGAGAAGGAGGCUACAGAAGGCUCUGCACGCCGUUAGCGAUAGAAAAAUUUGGCAGGAAAAUGGUUGGGGGCGAUAAGACUACGCAAGACUGAUAAUAAAACUCUUUCAUUCUGAGGGGGCAUGAGGCUGGGGGAAUAGGCUACUCAAUGCUCUAAAAGGAGAAUAAGGUUGGUCAAGGUGCUGCAUUGACAUAAAGCACAAUGCUCUGCAGAGUGGGGGAAACAUCACAAGGCUCUGCGGAGAGGGGUCAGCUACAUAGUGUUUAUCAAAGGUCGGGUUAUAUCCAUGUAUUGAGGCUCAGUGCACAGAUUGGGACACUGAGCAGCCUCUUAGUUUGCUGUUGUGUUGCUGCUUUUAGACAGUAAGCACACAUAUUUUGGAUGCAGACUAACAGCUACCCUUCCCUGGAUUGCCACAUGUACCAUACUUACUUUCAGAAUAAUAUGGAACAGUAAAUAGUUUUAGGUGUAAAGUAGUUCUGAGUAACAAAUGGGCGAGAAAACUAUGAGAAAAGUUAUUACAAACUCUUUAGUCCGUAGCACCUUCAUCUGCUUUACUCCGUUCAGUGCAGCCUAGUUUGUUGGAAGUUGUGUUGAUACUCAUGUAAACAUUGAUAUUCAUCCACAAAGCAAGCCUCAAUGGAAGAUCUUACAAGGUGGCUGAUGUCCGCCAUAUUCCUAGGAUCCUUUUCGUCAAUGUUUAUUAAAUUCAGAGUGAAUUCAUAAUGCAUCGUGCCAGAAGAUCCCUCUUAACGUCAGCCAUAACAAAUCAAUGGUUGUCCCUUUCAUGCUAUGUUCCUUUGCCUAGAAUCAGUAUUCCUGGCUAUGACAGAGCUCCCAUACUCUGACUGAGUACCUCCGCCAGGUCCGGUUUUUAUUUGCUUUCAGGCACUCUGGACCACUUCAGCUCCAGUUGCCGAAACUUGAGUGAAAUCAGAUCAGACUGUUGCUCUCUCCUUCCAGGCAGGCAUCGUCCCCUCUGCCUUUACCUCUUCAGCUCUUUUCCCAGGCAGGUAUCAGUACCUCUGCCUGCACUGUGACCAGCUACUGCCUUUACAGAGGCAACAGUGGCUCUCAAGCCUAGCUCUUUUUAACUUGUCCCUGGAUCCAGGGAUCAAGCAGCCAGUCAACAGGUCUAAAGAGUUUGUUACUGGGAUCUCUGACUAAACCAAUCUGGACACACAGUUGCAAAUGGAACUGACACAUUCAGAUAUAUUUUUACUCAAGACUAGCCCAUAGGCGCAUUACAUCAAACUUAUGGUGACAAAUUAAAUGUAAUACAAAUAACCAAAUCAUAUGAGGAAACAUACAGGAACUCAGAAUAACACAAUAACAUAUUUAUAAAGGGGUUUGGAAGACAAUAACUAUCACGCCGCCUGCCGGGUCUGCUCCUGUCACAGAGCGGCAUGGUUCCCGGCGGGCGCGUAUUGCUAAGGGGAAUGCUGCCAAUCUCUUACCUGCCUGGUCGCCGCCCGUGGUCUGAACGCCAGGCACAUCGCGGUCUGGCGGCAUUCCGACGUGGUUAUGGGAAUGCCGCCCAUCACUCACAUGGUGGUGGCUCCUCCUCCUCUCACAGCGGCCAGGUCUGUAAACAUUAGAGACGCCGGCCGCUGCAGCUCUGAAGGGUUUUUCUAUUUAAUCCUUAAAGUGCCAGAUCAAUUUUAUCAUGUCAGUGUAUCACACACACACCCAUGAUCACAUGCUUCCCUGUAGCCAAUCAGGGGCACCCUAGACUAUAAAAGCCUGCUUUGUCCAUUUCUCUGUGCCCUGUCGUGGUUUCCAUUGUGGUUAUCCGAGAGCGCGUUCCUUGUAUUUAUUCUUGUGUAUUUGACCUUGGCUUCCCUUCCGACUAUCUGAUCUCUGUAUUCCUUGAACCUUGGCUUGGCUCCUGACUAUUCUGUGUUCUCCAUUCUUUGACUUGUGGCUUGUUCAUCGUUUCCGCUAUUUCUACUACUUGUCCUUGUCCUGUCUUGUGGUUUGCUUCGCUGAUCACAGGCUAUAUUGGCUACAUUGAUCCUCUACAUGAGUGGACGUUGAAGCAUUCUCCAUUGGACACUCAUCCAGAUCCAAUUUGAGACAGUCGAGCAAUGUGUUUACGCUUUAGGAACUGAUCUCUUGGUUACACAAUCCUCACGUCAUGGGCAAAUAAUAUUGUAACGGAGCGUUUUGCUUAUCAGAGGUUAAAAACCGUUUAAGCGAUAUUCCCCUUUUUCAGAUGUACAGACAGCCACUGCAAGUACCAAUCUCCCGAACUGCAAACCCACAAAUUCACCAACUCCCGAACUGCAACCAAGGGAAUACUCGAAACAUCCGAACUGCAUACCAAGUAGCACUCCAAACUCCCGAACUGGAGACACACGAAUUGCUGUUAGCAGACGAAUAGGAAAAGCCCCCAAGCGGCUUACACUCCUGGCAAUCAGUCUCUAACAGCAUACAGUAAAACCCCUCAAAGACGAGACGACACUUCGUUUUGAGGGUCAAGCAGAAUCUGACUGUACUGGCACAUACAGCCUCUUUUAUUCCCAAUCCACAAACAUAGUACUGCCCACAGGGUUUUACAGAACAACCAAUCAAUCCGUACAAUACACACAGACACUCCCACACAAAAUCCUCCCCUCUGCCUGUGAUAUGAUUACUGAACACAAUGGGUGAUAUAAUUAUCACAGGCAGAGGAAUACAGUUUUUCCACAUUAUUCAUAACUUUGAAAGUAUGCAUCACAUUCAAAUAAAACUUACUGAAUCAGCAUACUCCAAAUACAAACAUAUGUCAAAAUUAUCCAAAUUAGUCCAUUGGUUCAAAAGAUGGAUCGGAGUCCUUUGUGACCAAAUGAAGCAUGGCUUUUCUGCCCAAAACCAGUUCCACAGAGUCUUCUAUCCUGGAGAUAAUUGAGAAGUAAUCCAAUUAUCUCCAAGGACAGAGGCAAAACUCCAUUAAGCACAUGGCAGUAAAAAGACAGUAAAAUACAACAAAAUACACAAGGUUACCUUUAUUACAUAAAAUACAGACAUGCAACAUAUCCCCAGAUAGCUUAGAUCUGAGCGCACAUUAUUACCGGAUGGCGCUCAGAUCACAUACAUACAGUUCAAUCGCCAUGGAGCCAAAGUCUUUCAUACAGUCUUUCAGUAUACGGCUGGGCUCCAUGGCAUAGCUAUCUGGGGUAGCAUGGCUUUAACAGUCCGCAGAAAGGCACAAACCAGCCUUUCUGCAGGGUAAAAGAACAGGGGCCAUAGUCUAAAGGGAGCAGGCGAGCAACCAGGCUUCUCCAGUGGACAGUGGCAAGGCUUUUUUCGCCACAAAUAUACUGUUCAGUUCAGCCGGCACUUUGCAUAUGGAGCCUUAUUACAGCUUCCAAUCAGGAAACAUGCUGAAUCUCUGUGAAUGCGCAUUACUCAGAGGCAAACCUAUAUACAUUGUUUUAACACUCCAAGUACCUAUUUCUAACAGUGUUACAUUUCUCAAUGUCUUAUAUAGCUCUGUUUCAAUAUUCUCGCUUCACCUUUUUUGGAUCAUUUUAUAAACAUACAUAUAUGCAGCUAUAUACUUGCAUGCCCUGCUCUGCUGUUUUCUUGUGUUUUUUUUUUUAAACUAGUUUGUUGACUCUCCUCUGUUUAUUUACUUUUUCUGGUUAUUCUCAGCCAACCUGCACCUUUCACUUGCAGGCACAUCUUCAGCUGUUUAUGACACCCAACUCACCCCCCUCCCCUUCUCUAACAUCAGUUGUUUUCAGUGUUAAACUCUAUCCCAUAGAUCAGUAUUGCUUUAGAUCUAAGAGAGGACAACUCUUGAAAGCUUGUCUUUGAAAUAUUAUGUUAGUCCAAUAAAAAAAGAUAUCAUUGUAUAUUGCAAUACUCUGGUAUUUUGGUACCUUAACAGUCUUACAGUUAUAUGUUUCCAUAAAGUCACCAAAAGUUAGAGUAGUGCGGGCAAUAACUAACUGGCUCUGCAGAUUCCUUGAUGCUUCAACAGCAUUUAGAGCAGCUACCUGCUGUCAAUUAACAAUUAAAAAGCAGUUUUGGGGUCUUGUAAGACAACUACCUAAAUAAUACUGAUCAACAGAUUCUAAGCAAAAAGUAUGAUAAAUGGCUUAAGAAAAUAUCCAUAAACCCAUCUGUAGAAUUAAAUGGAGAUACCUUACACAUUUAAAGGGACACUAUAGACACCAGAACACUACAGCUUAUUGUAUUUGUUCUGGUGAGUAUAGUCAGUCCCUGUAGGCGUUUUGCAGUAAACACUGUCUUUUCAGAGAAAAUGCAUGGCUUACAUUACAGCCUAGUAAUAACUCCACUGGACUUUCCUCAGAUGAUUGCUAGAGGUGCUUUCUGGGGAAGUGCUGCACAUUGUGACUGACAUUCAGUGUCUCCGCCCUCGGCAUGCAGACACUGAACUUUCCUCAUAGAGAUGUACUGAUUCCAUUAAUCUCUAUGAGGAGAUGCUCAUUGGCCAGGGCUGUGUUUGGCUUGUGCUAGUUCUGCCCCUGAUCUCCCUCCUUGACAGUCAAAGCCAAUCCUUAGGGGAAAGCAUUGUGAUUGGCUCAGACCACCACUUCUGAUGAUGUCAGCAGACACAGGCAGGUCAGAGCAGACAGGGGUAGAGCCAGCAGCUACAGACGUUGCUGCAGAGGGAUUUAGAUAGACUGGGGGACUCAAAUGGCAGAUGAAAUUUAAUGUUGAAAAAUGCAAAGUUAUGCACUUUGGCAUAAAGAAUACAUAAUCAACGUAUACCCUUAAUGGAAGCGAAUUAGGGAUAACAACACACGAAAAGGACUUAAGAAUUGUUAUAGACAACAAACUAUGCAACGAUGUGCAAUGUCAAUCAGCAGUGGCCAAGGCCAGUAAGGGCAUUGAUUCUCGGGACGAGAAUAUCAUUUUGCCUCUUUAUAAAUCACUGGUAAGACCACAUAUUGAAUAAGCUGUGCAAUUUUGGGCACCUGUUCUAAAGAAGGAUAUUAUGGCACUAGAAAAAGUGCAGAGGCGGGCUACAAAAUUAAUAAGAGGAAUGGAACAUAUCAGCUAUGAAGAAAGAUUAUCAAAUUUAAAACUAUUUAGUUUAGAAAAACGUCGCCUGAGAGGGGAUAUGAUAACAUUAUACAAAUAUAUUCGGGGCCAAUACAAACCAUUGUGUGGAAAUCUAUUCACAAACCGGACUUUACAUAGGACACGAGGCCAUGCGUUUAGACUGGAAGAAAGAAGAUUUCAUCUAAGGCAAAGGAAAGGUUUUUUUACUCUAAGAACAAUCAGGAUGUGGAAUUAUCUGCCUGAAGAAGUGGUUUUAUCAGAUGUUCAAACAGCUAGUAGAUGCAUACUUGCAAAAAUAGAAUAUUCAAGGAAAUAAUCUUUCAAUGUAGGGUAAUAACUGCUUGAUCCAAGGAUAAAUCUGACUGCCAUUCUGGAGUCAAGAAGGAAUUCUUUUCCUAGCUUGUUGCAAAAUUGUACUUCAAACUGGUUUUUUUUUGCCUUCUUUUGGAUCAACAGCAAAAACAAAUGUGAGGAAGGCUGAACUUGAUGGACGUAAGUCUCUUUUCAGCUAUGUAACUAUGUAACUUGAAUACAAGUAAGAUUUUACUAUAUUUAGUGAGGGCUAAAUGGCGAUUUUAACACUAUAGGGUUUAGGAAUACAUAUUUGUGUUCUUGACCCUAUAGUGUUCAUUUAACACACCCUACUUUCAUAUAAACAUAGCUUUGAAAUUAAUCCAGACACAUGGUCACAGUAAUGAGAAUCACAAGACUAUACAAAAUAAAUUAUAUUUUUUAGAUCUGUAAAAGAUACCCCAAUUUAUUUUUUGAUGUUACAGCUUGAUGCCCCUAAGAGCCUUUGUUUGAAAUCUGAUGGUGUUUAAAUAAAGUAUCAACCAGCAGCCUUGAAAAACAGAGGUUAAACCAAUACUUCAUGGGCCACACACUACGAUUGAGUGUGACUCUGAAUUACUUGGACCAGAGACAAGUUCCUUACGGAACCAUAAACCAUUUAUAAUCCUGCCAGAAAACCGCCUGAAUGGAUUGAUAUGGUCACUGUUGGCUUUCACAUUGUAAAUAUUUGGAAUUGAGAUAAACAAGGCAAUAUACUUACAUUGACUCCAUAUUUAGUGCUUCUUGUGGUGGGCUGCAAAUCUUCAAAAUAAAUAUAAAAAAAUAAGCCCUGCUCUCAAAUUCCCACUACUCCUGGGUGACAGCAAUGACUAUAGUACACAUUAGCCCCAAUACAUUAAAAAAAAAACAAAGGUUGGUUUACAUAUUAAGAAUGGACAGCAGAUAUCUGGUUGAUUAUGCCUUCUUCUUUGAGACUGAAUUUAUAUUUGGAGCUCGCCAAAUCACCUGCAGAUAUAUAACAUACUUGCCAACUGUCCUGAAAUUGGCGAGGCAGUCCUAAUUUUGAGCUCAUUUCCCUCCUCAUUGGCUAAAAGCUGGCACAAGUUUUUCCAAGACAUAUAUUGUUGCAACUUCACUUUGGAUGCCUAGAUAGAUUUUGUGUGCCGAGAUGAUACACUUUUGCCACCAUCAACAGUGAUACAAAUUUCUUCACUGGUAUGUCCCCAUCUGCUUUCUCCAUUUCCAUUGCAGAUCUAACCAAUGAAGUAUGAGAUUGUUAAAGGAUCACUAUAGGGUCAGGAACACAAAUAUAUGUAUUCCUGACCCUAUAGUGUUAAACCCACCAUCUAGCCUCCGUGGGCCCCUCAUGCCUCCAUAAAUAUAGUAAAAAUCUUACUGUAUUAAAGCCUAAAGCUGUAACUCUGCAUGCUGUUAGACUCAGAAAAACAAGCAGUGUGCUGACAUAAUCAGAAGUGGUAGCCUGAUCCAAUCACAAUGCUUCCCUAUAGGAUUGGCUGAGACUGACAAGGCACAGAUCAAGGGCAGAGCCAGCAUGAUUCAAACACAGCCCUGGCCAAUCAGCAUCUCCUCAUAGAGAUGAAUUGAAUUAAUGAAUCUCUAUGAGGAAAGUUCAGUGUCUGCAUGCAGAGGGAGGAGAUACUGAAUGUUUGGAUGCAUUUUAGGCAGCCAUGACCCAGGAAGGAUCUCUAACAGCUAUCUGAGGAGUGGCAAGUGAAGUUAUCACUAGGCUGUAAUGUAAACACUGCAUUUUCUCUGAAAAGACAGUGUUUACAGCAAAAAGCCUGAAGGUAAUGAUUGUACUCACCAGAACAAAUUCAAUAAGCUGUAGUUGUUCUGGUGACUAUAGUGUCCCUUUAAUUAUGAUUAUUAUUAAACUUGUUUGUUAAUUUCUGUCUGGUAAUUUUCAUAUGCUGCUUGCAGAAUACUAUUUUUUUCAUGCCAAUCUUGUAUGUAUGAUAAGCGUGUCCUUUUUAUAAAAACACAAAUAUAAUUAUUUUUAACCAUAAUAGUUUUUGGGGCAGAUAAGUUCAUUCAUGUUUAUUUUUUUGACGUUUUUCAGUAGAAAUCUGACAACUGUACCACAAAUCUCAGAAACCUCUCCUGUGUAUGAAAUAAUAAGAAAAAAAAUACUACCGAGCAUUACUUCUAGUGAAAUGUGUCCUCUGUUUCUUCUCGCCUGUGACGACCUCUACGAGCUGUCAUUGUUAUUGCCAACAGCUGAUAGCAAGCUGAACCCAUGAGUUACAGAACUUAUAUGGGCUUCCCUAUGGCCCCCAGGACAACAGCUGGAGGGGAGGGGGGUUCUUCCAUUCUGACGCUGUUUGUCCGGAAAUUAUUUACCAUCUAUUUUAUUUGACAUUUACAUGCAUUCCACAAUCCGCUUGUUGCUAAGCAAUGUAUUGCUUUCUUCUCUGGCCCUGAUAAGCUUAGUGCGGUAUGUUCAUAGCGUUAAGUAUUAAAUGCUAAGUAAGAGACGUUUGCCAUUUUAGACAGUGUAUGAAAAGUAAUUUUAUUUUAGCAGUUAUUCUAGCCGCCUGACCAAUACCGGUUUUUGGAUUGUAAUGUUAUUGUGCAAUUCAGUUUGUUUCAAAGCAUUCUAUUCUGAUGGCGGAUUGAGGCACGGCAUUGCUAAAAUGACUUCCUAGGUUUUCCCCAAAGUCAUAAAAUAAAUGAAAUCUAAUUUACAAUGAAACUGCAUAUUUUGGUAAAUUCAGAAGUGAUAUUUAAAAGCAAGCUGCCCGAGAUCCCUCCAUUGCCCCCCACCUUGUAAAACUUUAUCUUUUUUUUUUUUUUUUUAUAAUUCUUUAUUUUUGGUGCAUGUUAUAUGGUACAAGACAUUCGUGCAUGCCACUUCCAUGUGGUCAAAUUUCGACUAUUAUACAGCUAACGGAUAAACAUCUGGCAUAGCAUUCAGUGAAUUUGCACAUUUUUGUUAUGAAGUUGGUCUGUGAGGUUGUAACGGGGUGACCUAUAUAUACAGAGUUUUCCUCCAUGUCAUGUUUGGCGGUCUGGCCCUUGUUGUCUGUGUUGCCUAUGCUGUAUGUCCCACUUGUUCUGUCUCGUGUGUGACUUGGGAGAGUCGUCUAUGAUCUAUUAGAACAUGUUGUGGUAUCGUUUGUGAGGGCGCAAAGGUCGAGUGGGGGCUUAAUUUGGUAGCCCGGGGCCAUGUUGCUUACUGGUGUUCACGUUACUUUCGUGUGUGGUAGGUCAUGGAGGUGAUGCUCCUUGUGGUAUCUUACGUGCCAUCUAUGGCAAUCGCCUGUCUGAGGAGCAGUUAGUGGGCCGUGUGGCGUUGGCUAUGGUAGUGUGGGGCUGUCGGUUAAAGCUUUAUCCUUUUAUAUACCAGUUGAUACAAAUGUAUGUAGUCAUGUUUGGUUAUAUUAUAAUGAGUUGUUACCAGUGCUGUGGAGUCGGUAGAUAUAUGUUCCGACUCCGACUCCUCAGCUUUUUGUACUUCCGACUCCGACUUUCCGACUCCUCUGUAUUAAUAUGCAAAUGUAUUUUAUACAUUCCUUGAAGGAAAGAAAGGCAACAUACAUGUCAUUACCACAGGACUACUGGUUGGGAAGCUAACAGUCUACUGUAUUGAACAGUUUAAGCAAAAGACAAACACAAUGAAAACAACAAAGUUUUAUAAAAAUGUUUUUAUUAAUCAAUCAAGUGGCUGGAUAGUAGCAGCAGGCAUAAACAUCAGGAACAGGAACUUUACCAGUUCAAAAAUACAAACCACGUUAUUUGGUUGUUUUAGAACAAAAACAAAGCUUAUCUAUAUGAACCAAAAACAAAAUCUGUAAAACCUAGAAAUGGUUUAUAUUAAUCUUGAAAUGUAGUUAUAGGCUUAGCAAAUGCAAAUCAAUUCAAUGUAGAGUUCUAAGGAAGAGAAUUGCCUCUGCCAAGAUCCUCUUUCAUAGAGGCUUUUAAGUCAGACUUUAUUAUUUUUAUGGCUGAAAAUAAUCUUUCGACACUGACUUGGGUGGGUGGCAUUGCAGUAACUAUUCUGGCUACAUCACUAACGAUCUCUGGAUAAACAAGGAUGGCUUCUUCAACAGUAAGUUUUGAUGAGCGAUCAUACUUUUCAACUUCUUUUAGUGCUUCAUAAAACUCCUGUUGGAAUUUUUUUAUUUGGACAUUUACUGGUUCUGUAACGCUUAUGCGACUUCGCUUUCUUUUAGAACCUUCCAUUUUGUCUAAGAAGGAAUCAAAAUCUAAUUCUUCGUUUGAAGAAGAUGAUCCUGAUUUACCACUAUUGCUUAAAAGAACUUCAUCCAGUGGAGGUAUUUCAGGUCGUAAUCCCUUCAUGCGAACUGCUACAUCAUAGAGGGCCUUUUUCCCAGUAGCAGUCUGUUCACUGUUCAACAAAAGUCGGCUCAUUGGGUCGACAUAAAUAGCCGCUAACAAGAUUUCAUUUUCCAGCAAAAGACUCUCUCUUUUCAUCAUUGAAGAUGCAAUGCCCUCAGCUAAUAACCCCCCAUUUUUGUUCAGGCGAUAUAACAGGCUCUUCCAUUCCAAGAGGAAUUUACCCGGGGUUAGAUUGUCACAUUGCAAACUCUUGGUGACAGUGAAGGGGUGAGAAAGAAGGUUCGCCAGCUCUUUUGUUUGUGUCCACUGGCUUUCAGUUAAUGCAAGAUUUUCAUUGUCCAUUUCUUCUAUGAAGUCUUUAAGUUCAAGCUAACGCUUCACCAUUAAAUAAGUGCUUCCCCAGCGAGUUGUUUGAUCCAAAAUGGCUCCUUUUCCUGUACGUCUUUUCAAAAUUGCAUCUGUUUUCGGGGCCCUGGCUGCAACAGUUACUUGCCGUAAUUUGCCAAUUAGUGUAGCUGCAUGGCGAUCUUUUAAUCCAUCUCUUAUGGCAAGUUGCAGUGCAUGCUUCUUCACGGUCACUUAACGUGUUUCUUUUGCGGUUACGUGAGGCACUGCAUGCAUUGGUCUUUAUUCUUACAGUAGAGAAGUCAUUAAUUAUAACUUUUUGUGAAUUGGGACAUUUAAACUUGCUUUUUUUAAUUCCAAUCUAAAUUUAGUAUGAGUAGGAGUCGGAGUCGCCAAACAAUGCACCGACUCCGACUCCAGGUACCCAAAAUUUCCUCCGACUCCUCGACUCCGACUCCACAGCCCUGGUUGUUACAGAGUUGCUUUCAGUGCAUUAAUCCCUACAUCUCAUUCUAGUAGUCUUGUGACUUUCUUAAAAUUCACUUUGUCUUCAACACCGUUAUGGUACACAUAAGGUCUUAUUCACUUUGUUGAAUACUUUAUUCUUUUUGACAGCCGUUGUUUGUCAGAGUUGACCACAAUUCCACCAAAUAAGAAAAGCCUUUCUUCCCAGCUUGUUAGGCUGCAGUUGCAAGUUGAAAUAUCUCCAAAGUUCCUUCUUCUAUUAACUUUUAGAACACGGCACCUUCAUUUGUCCGGCAAGGUCUUCUUACAGGACAAGCCUUUUACACUUUGCCUUUUACAUGUGUGAACUUAACAUACCUGCCAACUGAUGUAAUAUAGUUGUUUCUCAGGCUUUAGAGGAAUCUGACUUCUCGACAAAAUCUUCUUGUUCGGUAAGGCAAUAUGCAUUAUCAUUCCACUGCUAAACCAGCAUUUCCAGGCUGGUGGAACUUCUGUGUAUAGUUUUGAUCAGUUUAUACUUCUUUGCCUUUUGCUGCAGGUACAAUGUAAAUUUAGGGGGGAGAGGGGGCGCAAGGUACUACAAGCACCAUACAUCAUUACAGCUUGAAGUGUUCCUUUAAUGUAAUUAACCUCUAUUCAGGACAGCACUGCUAGUGAGAGCCCCAGGUUUGCUCAAAAAUGGUUUGACAAAAUAUCAUGGAGUGACAUAAAAUAAUUAAUAUAAUGGGACGAGGCCUAACCGCUGAAGCGAGAAGACGCUAAUCUGUGCAGCUCCUGCUUUAUAACGCAAUUUAAACGGUUUCCAGCCAUAAAAAAGGGACCUAAUCGUCUCAAAAAGGCCACCAGGCAAAAGGUGACAGGGAGAGGCACAGGAUGGCGCCACACAAGCAACCUUUACAGUGCAACUCCUCCUGCAGGGCCUACACGCGAGAUCGGCGUGAGGGAGACGGCCGCUCCCACGCUGACAUACACAGCGGACAGAUCGAAACGAGGCCCACAUUCCCCCCCUCCCUCUGGACCGGUGGGGGUCAUCACGGUUCAACAUCAGGAGACCUGGCACAACCUGGCAAAAGUGGUACGGCGACCACGGGACCUGAUCCAAGCAACAGUACUGCGUACAAAAUGGCGGAGACAAUGUGCUCAACCAGCACUCAAGGUGAACAGACGGUGGCAGAGAAUCUACUGGACAAAGCUUUUCAAGCCUUCUGGGAGAAGAUGGUAGCUCUUCUGUCCCCAAAACCCCCAGAGAAAGGGCCUGACACCCUGCCGCGCAAUCUCACAAGCAUACCCAAACGGAAGACCACGCAGAAACCUCUAACAUCGGACCGCACGGAAAAACUGAGCCAGCGGGAACCCACCAAGAGGCAGGAGACCAGAGAUCCAUCAGGCAGCAAAAGGAGCAAGAGGGCAGCUCCCUGGAACCCAAAAGUAUCCAUACCGAGACGCAUUAGCCUACUCACCCGUCACCCUGGAUCCCCCAGAUACCGGCUGAAGACACGCAAUGCUACAGCGAGAUCCCCCUGCUACAGAUCAAACCGCAAAGGGAGACUGCGACCAAGCAGACGGCACCUGUGGCAGCGCCCCACGAGCUCCGAACCAAACACCACUCUGACCCAGCCCAUGCCUGCCUGUCAGCAACAACAAUGGCGGAAACACACCAGGACACAGACUCUCAUCGAGGUACCAGGGGGAAACCCAAGUAUACAGAGAGGCCCACCCUACCAAGCCCCUGUAGGCUGGGAAAGCCGGCAGGAUUCCCCCUGGGUACGGGACUAUGCUUACACCCUGGACGGCAUAGGUUAAGCAGGGCCUGAGGGACUCAAAGGCCAUACCCUAACCCUAUGAGGAGAUUUGGGAUACGGCAUACUGGCGGAACACAAAAGAGAUGAUUAUUAGACUUUCUUAUGCCUCCAGCGCAUAUAGACCGCCCCUCACUUUAACAUUACCCAGCCUCUACAAACAUGUACCAAGGGUUAGGACACCAUAAUACACCACGUAUAUUUAGGCUGUGUCACUUACGUAUGCCAGUCUGCCCGCGGCGGACCAACACCGCCUACCACUACUAAACACUUGUCACCGACCUCCCGGACAAAUCUCUUUCAUAAGCUUACAAGCUAAUGUUUUACUUUAUGUUUGACUAUCACCACUUAAAAAAUGUGUAGUAAUUACAAAUGCCAUACUGACGUUAUACAUGUUACAGAUACGCUUGUCCUAGCUGUAGCGGUCUCAUAAAUAUACAAGCUGAAUUUUUUUCCUUUAUGUUUGACUAUCACCACUUAAAAUUGUGUAGUAAUUACAAAUGCCAUACUGACGUUAUACAUGUUACAGAUGCGCUUGGCUUAGCUGUUGUGGCUAUCCAAGCAGUUUGUAAAGCUCGCACAACAAAAAUAAAGAAUUACAAAAAUAAAAUUAAAAAAAAAUAUUAAUAUAAUAAAUAAAAAUAUGUAAAUAAACAAGUCCGGAUUUUUGUGUGUCAAAGCAUUUAUAAUCCAGCUGCAAUCAAUGUCAUGGUUUAAUGGUGAAAUACAAACCAAUAAUCUCAUCUGAGCACAAACCAUGAAUCCUGAAACGUAUUUCAUAAAAUGUGGAACUCUUUCUUACUUUAUCUACUUGAUCCUGUUUAGUACUGUUGCUUCUCUUUUGGUUUGAUUUAUGUGCCUGGUCUAUCCAGAAAGUAUCCAGCCAUUUAAUAUGAAAACUAGAGACAUUUAGUGAAGAUGCUAGAAACAUUAUACUUAGGACAAUGACGCUUCAGUCCCCUUCAAAGUAGGCACCUUGGGACCUCACUGUCACGGUAGUUUACCCCUACACGCAGGAUUUAGUUCAACAAUCGACAGAUAGAGCAGAUACGACUUACCGGACCUUAGAAUGGCCGGACUCACCAUAUAGCAGAGAAUAGACAGAGUCAAGAACAAGCCGAGGUCAAGGGAACAAAGAGACAGCAAGAACAAAAACUAGCCAAGGUCUGGUACACAGUAGUCAGUAAGCCGGCAAACAAGACAAAACUGGGAUAGAGAGAUAAACAGAGUCAGAUACAAAGCCAAGGUCAAGCACGAAAAUCACAACUGAACACAACAAGCGCUAAAGGGAACUGAAACAGAAACCACGAUAGGGCAGGGAGUUAAGGGAGAGGUAAGUAUAAAUACCCUAAACUUUACUUUGAUUGGCCCCUGUCAUAUCCAAUCCCCCAAAAUGUGAGUGUCUGGGGAACGUGGGAUGACAGGGGCCAAUGGGAGCACAUUUCAUUUUUUGGCUCCCACUGCCCCUUUAAGAGCGUGCCCGAGACGCGCGGCACGCUCUUAGAGCUAGGCGGAACACAUGACACCCGGGUCAGGUAAGUACCGCUACACUCACACAGUUUUUCCACUUUUCAAAACACUCUGCAAAAUCCUUUUGUUGGAAUCACCAUCAGCUUCUAGUUCUCACACUGUCAGUGACCGAUCUUUGUUAAUUGCAGCCCGUAAAUGUUCAACAUUCUCAGGUGUUCUGCUUGUUGUAAGGCCUUCCAGAACAUGGAUCACUUUCGACAGAUUCUCGACCAUCUUUGAAGCAUUUGUACCACUCUUGUAUUUGCGCGGCACUCAUUGCAUCAUGGGCAAAAGCCUUCUGAAUCAUCCAAAUAGUUUCUAUAAAGCAAUGUUCAUGCUUAACGCAAAAUUUCAUGCAGAUUCAUUGUCCUAUUGACUCAGUCAUUUUGAAUGCGACAACCACAUGGUACACAUGCUCACUCAUCGGCGUAUAGCGCCUCCUGUAACUAUUACAGUGAAGUCAACAUUGUUCAUACCAUUCCACUUUCCUCUGGAUUUUGGAAUUUGGAUCUCAAUAAGAUAUUAUUUACACUGGUAUGAACAGCGCCUGGACCUGGUAUACUCAGAUGUGGGCUGUAGGCAGGUGGGAGGAAUGUUACAUACCCGAGCUGAGAGAGAAAACAUUUAUUACAGCAUUUCUAUAUCUUUUGUUUUAUAUAUAGGAAGUAAAAUUGUUUCAGAAUUUCAAGGUGGCUAAUGUUUCCCUUGAUGAGGCAGUUGGAGUUUGCUUGUAUAUGCUCAUGUUGCUUGGGCAUCACGGCGUUAGCCUUUAGUGAUAUAACUUUUAAAGGCGGUAGAGUGUUCGCAUUUUAUUUCUUUAUGUAUCACAUGGUAUUUUGCUCAGUGUCCGAAGAGUGUGAGUAAUAUAAGGAAAAAUGGUGGGACUACAAGAAAAUGCAUUGCAUUAUAAAGAUAGGGCAUUAUAUAAAAACAUGAUGGAAGUGUGUGUGACGGUAGUCCUAGAUGUGGUGGUAUUGUAUACAUAUGUGAUUAUACGUUACAAACCUUGUGGAAUUAUAAGGCUGUAUGGUGGUGAGCAAAUGUGCUGAUUAUAAAGAAACUUUGUGGCAUUAAAAGGAAGUGUGCUGAUUACAUGAAGCUUGGUGGUAUUAUAUCAAGGAAAUGGCAUUAUAAGAAAGCGUUGUACUAUUAUCCUGCUUGAUGCAUAUUUAACUUCCUGUAAUUUUUAUUUAUAAUUAGAUGAUGAAGAUAUUUCUCCAACUCCUUCUCCACCCGAAAUUGUCACCAAGAAAAAACGAGGACCUAAGAAGAAAGACAAAGAUAAACCCAGACCACCAAGGGCCAUUAAACCACGCAAGCGCAAGAAGGCUGUAAGUGCUUUUAUAUAGAGUCACUGUCUCCUGAUGGGUACGGCAAAUACCUCUACUCCAAAAUACACCCUACACGCAGACACUACCUAUUGCUCAAUACCAUACACUACCUCGUAAUAAGACACCCCAGUAUUCUAUACUGGCACUUCCCACCACCCCAAGACAUAUCUCUAUACUAAGACACAACAUCCUUGUAUACUAACAUGCGUAACUUGUCUAUUUCAAGACAUUACCAUAUACUGACAUACCUCAUCCAUGUCUGCCUUUCUGAUGUGCUAAUAUACCCCACUAAUUUAUACCGUGAUACUUCAACACAACCUGCUAAAACAACCCACCACAAUCGAUACAGAUGAGCAUCACAUCUUUAUAUGUCUGUGUACUGAUACAUUCUGUUGUGAGGCACAUCAAGCAUUAUAUCCUUAUUAGAGUACUGCUUCAACCCACUGAACCCUGUUUAUCUUAAAGGGACACUAUAAUCACCCAGACCACUUCAGCUCAAUGAAGAUGCCCUUAAGGUACUAUAGUGUCAGAAAAACAGGUUUGUUUUUCUGACACUAUAGUGAUUCUUUAACACCUUUUAGGAAGAGUCAUCAUAACCAUCAGUAAAAAGGGCAAUUUGCCUCCAUUCUCUAGGAAAUUAAAUCAACAAUUAGAUAAAAAUGCCUUUAAAUACAUUUUAUAUAUUAAAAAGAUAGCAUAUUUUUCAAGUUCCUACUUUUGCUGCAGAUUACCAAGGUUUGCAGCUUCUGUGAUGAACAUUUAUCAAACCUUUCCAUGGAUCAUACUUUAUAUAGACAAAGAAAGAAAAAAAGAAGCUAAAGAGCCUUAACUGACUGGUACCUCCGUGUGGGGGAUAACCUCUGUUAUCAGUGGAAUAGAAAGAAGAAGAGUUAGAGGUAGCAGUUCUAAGUAAAUAAAAAAAACAGGGGAUCUCUUAGAUGGUAUGCUGGAUCCCAAAAAUACAAGAAAUAAAAAAUAAAACGUCACUUUUAAUCGAGUAGCUAAAAGCCCCUUACUUCAAGAGGCAAUAAAAAAAUACAUGCUUAGCACAGAAACACUAAAUAACGAAAAUGAAGAAAAUAAGAAAUAAAUAUCGUAAUAUCGUAAAAUCAAAGUAGUGUUGAUUGUAAUUCCCAAUAAUCGUCUAGUGACAGGAUUUAUCCAUAACGACUGCAGUUAAAUACUGAUAAAUAUUUCUGGAAUACAAUUCUAAGUUAAUGCUUAUCAAUGUAGCUGACGUGGACAAAAAUAAGCCACUGAGAGCUGGGCUAUAAUAUGAUAGCAACUAGUAAACUACGCUUAGUCUGAAUAUGUGUAAAAUACACCUAGUUCCAAGCAAGGAGAUCCUUUUAGCGAGGAACCCUAUUCAACAAUUUCUGACUCUGCUAGCGGUCUGCUACAAUUACAGCAGAAUGAGGUUUCGGCAAACUAGCCUGAAACAAUGACAGUUUUAACCCCUUCAGGACGGAGUCAAUAGUACACGUUCUGAUCAAAACAAAACGUAAAGAAAAACUGGAAUUUGCGCUGUAUGUCUGUUCAACCGUAAUUCACCGCUGUCACAUUAAGUGCACCCACACUUAUAAUAUAUCAUUUUGUUCAGGAGAAACAGGGAUUUAAUUUAUCAUUAACUAUUCAUAUGUGGAACAUAAUUUAUUAUGAAUAAAAUGUAAAAGAUUUUAGAAAAUAAGAUUUUUUUUUUAAAUUUGUAUUUCCAUCUGACAUUUUAGCUGUUAAUGUCAUAAUACUGUUAGGUAUUACUGCAAAAAAAUGCACAUAUUUGUUAUCAGCGAUGUCUCACGAGUACAACAGUACCCCCCAUUAACAGGUUUUAUGGUCUUUUGGAAAGUUACAGGGUCAAAUAUAGAACGUUCCAUUUUCAAAUUGAAAUUUGCCAGAUUAGUAAUGUUACCUUUGAGACGGUGUGGUAGCCCAGGAAUGAGAAUUACCCCCAUAAUGGCAUACUAUUUGAAAAAGUAGACAACCCAAGGUAUUGAACGUGGGGUAUGUUUAGUCUUUUUUAGUAGCCACUUAGUCACAAACACUGGCCAAAGUUAGCAUUCAUAUUUGUUUUUGUGUGAAAAAGCAAAAAACUAAUAUUUGGCCAGUGUUUGUGACUAAGUGGCUACUAAAAUGACUGGACAUACCCCAUUUGCAAUACCUUGGGUUGUCUACUUUUGCAAAUGGUAUGCCAUACGGUCUCAAAGGCAACAUAACCAAUCUGGCAAAUUUCAAUGUCAAAAAAAUGAAAUGCAAGCCUUAUAUGUGACUCUCUAAUUUUCCAAAACCAAUAAAACCUGUACAUGGGGGGUAUUGUUAUUCUCGGGAGACUUCACUAAACACAAAUAUUAGUGUUUUAAAACAGUAAAACAUAUUACAACAAUAAUAUAGUCCAUAAAAGUGCUGUUUGCUUGUAAAAAAAUUCAAAAAACGUCACUUUUACUUAAAAUAUCAUCGUAAAUACAAUUUAUCAGUUUGAAGUUCAGCUAAGUCUCCCGAGUAAAACAGUACCCCCCAUGUACAGGUUUUAUGGUGUCUUGGAGAGUUACAGGGUCAAAUAUAGUGCUUGCGAAUUAAAUUCUCUGCACUUUCUCCCUGUGUUGUCAGGCAUGUCAAUCAAAUUUUAAUUAAUCAAAUCACAUAAUUAUGUUAAAAGAUUACUUAAAUAUACACGUAGAAUUUUAAUAUAUAUGCAUUUAUAGGUAUUUAAAUUCUACGUGUAUACUAAUGUAAUCUUUUAUGUAAUUAUAUGUAUUUAUCUAUAUAUAUAUUUGCGGUUAUUUGUAUUUUAUAUAUAGAUAGAUAUAUAUAGAAUGUCAAUCUAAGUGUAUUUUGUUAACAAUAUAUAUAUAUUAAUAACAAAAUACAGUUAGAAUGAAAUUACAUAUGAAUAUAUAAUUUUAAUAAAAUUUUGUUUCAAUAUUUUAUUUAUUUAUUUUAUUAUUUUAUUUAUUUAUUAAUGUAAUUAUACGUGUAUAUAUAUAUAUAUAUAUAUAUAUAUAUAUAAUAUAUGUGUAUAUAUCUAUUAUAUAUAUAUAUAAUAUAUAUACAUAUUAUAUAUGUAACGUCAUUCUAAGUGUAUUUUAAUAGUAAUAUAUAUUAAAAUACACAACGUAUGACGUUAUAUAUAUAUAUAUAAUAUGUAUAUAUAUUAUAUAUAUACAUAUAUAAAUAUAUUGAAUUUAUUUUACACAUGUUUAUUUUUAAUUUUAUUUCAUUUCCCACCAGCAGGGGGACUGUCUGCUAUUUCAGACAGCAACCCUGCUGGCAGAUCCACAGCUAGCUAUAGGGGGCCAUGUGAUCGCUCUUUGAGAGAGAUCACAUGGCCCCCGGGAGCCUCACUUGCCGGAGGAGGGCUGCCUGGGUGGUCAGGCAGCCCUCCAGAAGAGGAUCGCAGCGGAGGUAAGUAGCUGCGAUCCCCUGGGGGCUUAAGCCGUUACGGCGUUCUAUGCCGCCGCAACGGCUUUAAAGCCGCGACGGCAUAGAACGCUGUAACGGUGUUAUGGGGUUAAUAUCCCCAUGGACUACCGGAUUGUUUCCUGGCAAUAAUGGUCAUGGUAUUGGUGCACCAGCUUAUCAUUGUUAUUCCCUUAGGACAGUCUGACACAUCUUCCCUUCAGAAUAAUUAUGUAGCAGGUACAACUGAUAGAUUUGAAAUAAAAAUAUCCAAAUAAUUGCAACAAAAUGCCACUUUGGAAUGCAACAGUGGCUAGCUGCUGAAAAUCUAUAUAUUGGUUUCACAAGUGUACGAUUUCAGGUUAAAGUGUAGAUGGUGUCCGACUGUAACACUGUCUGGCUUAACGGGAGUUAGUCUCUCGUGUAUAUACUGGAGAGCAUAACUGGUUAUGCAAACAGAAUAUAAAGGGGCAGAAAAAUAAAUUGAUGAUUGUAAUUUAUAAAUCGAGGGCACCCCUUAUAUAAGCAUUUGCCCUGCCUAAUAGACAAACUUGGAUCAGCAAAUAAUAAUCCACUUAUUGUUUUUAGAGAUAGCCGAGAAUAUUGCAGUUGCAUUCAUAACAUAAGCUUAUAGCAGUUCCAUCGUGGUGUCACCUGUCACUGGCUCAUUGCUGCUAGCGCUAGACACAAGUCAUUUGGCUAUUGCUUCUUGUGUCAGACACUUGUAAUGGAAUCUUUGGUGUUUGCAUCCUUGGCAUGAGAAACAUAUCUUUCCUUCUUCGUAUAUACUUUUCCUCAGGACAGUGAUGAUGAGAUUCGCUGGGAGGAAUGUCUUAGAGACCAGGGCUCUCAUGACAGUGACCAAGAACUCGGAGGUAAAAAGAGAAAGAAAAAACACAAAGAAAAAAAAGAGAAGAAAACCAAGAAAAGGAAAAAGGAUGAAGAGACAGUAGAAGUGCGCAAGGUUGGUUCCUGACAUCCUUCUAAUUACUCGGAAAACAGGCUAGGCAGAAAAGGAAAAUGAGAACGUAGUUUUGUGAAAGAGAAGGCAGAGGGUUCCAUGGUGUUAGAUCACAGAUUAAUGGGAUUGACCAUCUUGGUUUAAUCUCGCAGGUGGAGCAGAAGUCCUCAGCAAUGAUGCUGUCUAGCUGGGGUUUAGAAGAUGUAGAUCACGUCUUCACAGACGAAGAUUACCACACGCUCACAAACUACAAGGCGUUCAGCCAGUUUAUGAGGUGAGUUUUUAACCCACGUGCCCUCUCUGUUGUACGUUGCACAGUGUGGGACUGUAAAGCCACCUUUGUCUUGAGUCUUUUCUUCACUGUUCAUGUGAUGACCUUCUAUCUGUGUCUCCAGAAUCUCAUGGACAGGAGGAACUGAUUCAGUGGCCCUUUGGGUCUCCAAGACAAACAGGCUCCAUCGGCCUUCGAUCUGUGUCUCUUUGAAGGGUAAAGACAAGUUAGCGUUCAAUGAUAACAUGUUCAGUCUUUCCUCUAGGCCUCUUAUUGCAAAGAAGAAUCCUAAAAUCCCUAUGUCCAAGAUGAUGACGAUUCUUGGCGCCAAGUGGAGGGAAUUCAGUGUUAAUAAUCCUUUCAAAUCCUCACCGGCAGCAGUGGCCGCAGUGGCGGCAGCAGCUGCAGCAGCGGUGGCUGAACAAGUGACCCUUCCUUCAUCGACCAGUGUAUCUCAGCCAGUGCCAAUGCGAAGAGCUAAGACCAAGGAGGGCAAAGGUAAGACUUGAGGAACUUCUCCCAUCUAAGGAAUUCAGGCAUGACUUAAGGUCUCCAGUGAGGUUAUCACAUUGUAAAAGUAAUCCUAAACACCAAAUUGUUGUGAUUUGGAAACCAAACUGUAAACUUUAGGUUCCAGUAGCUCACCUGGAAAAAAAUCUCCAACAUGCACAUAGUACACAGUGUGGCUAUUUCAGUCAGAAUUUUGCAUUUUGAUUUGUAUAUUUUAUUUGAAUUGAGAUUUCUCAGUGGUAAUCUUUAAUAUUGUUGUGUAAGCUCUCUUUAAUGUUUUUUAGAAAAACUUUUAAAAUUAUUAUAAGAAAAAAAUAAUAAUUACAUUUUGAAAAAUUGAUAUAUUUUUUUAUAUUUUGAAAAAAUCAUUUAAAAAGUUUAUCUUCAAAAUUAUAUCAUUUGGAAAGCUAAUAUUAAAUCGAGGCCUUAGUCAUCUUUACUGUAUAAAUGUGGCUAGUUUAUGAACUGUCUUAAUUAGCUCUUCAAAUCGAUCUUAGGCCCAGGCCAUAAGAAGCAGAACAAAGGCCCACGAGCUCCGGAACCAAAGAAGACAGGCAAAAAGAAAAUGGCGCCUCUGAAGAUCAGACUGGGAGGGGUUAAACGCAAAGCUACUAGUUCAGUAAGUAUCCUGGGCACUACUUAUUCAUACAUUCACCUUUAGAUCUAUACUAUUAAGCAAGGGUCUCAAAGUUAACUUAUCCCUGAGUCACUAGCCAAGUCAUCUUUACAGAUCCAUACACUGAGAUGCACACACAGAUACAAACUCCCAAGCGCAUAUACAGUGUUGUGUGUGGGUUAUCCGAAUGAUUGAAGUUCCGGCCCAAGACUGCAAAAUGAUGGAAUUUUAGUGAUGAAGCAGACAGGAACGCUGCUCUUCAAACAUAAUAAAUAAGAGGCCAAAUAAGAGGCUAAUCACAGCCUUGUUGUGGAACAGGCAACCGGCAAUCCUUCAUAUUGGGGCUUAUGACUCAGUCUGCUUAAAAUUUAGGGGACCGGAAAAGGUCAUUGGGGCUUAAUUUUGAGAGCCAUCCUAUAAAGUGAACCCUGCCAAAGAUAGUUGUUUUGCAGCAUUCAUUGACAAGUAACAAGUAGUGUCUCUGCAAAGAUUGGUUUGGUACAAUGGUUUCCUGGUAUUUAUUACCGGUAAUUGUUGAUUGACCACACAUUUUAUAAAUAUGCCUUAAAAACAUUUGGUAACUUGAUAUAACUUGAGUGAGGGGAACAGUUCAGGAGAGGACAUGUAAACUAGGUUAUCACUAACAUUAUGAUAGGUUUUAAUUUCAAUCUGUUGAAUAUGUCCCUUACUACUGAAAUAAACUUUUUAGGACCAGUGAAAUAUCCUGCCUCGAUAUUUCGUUGUCACAGUUUUUUCUUAAAAACGGUUAUCUUGCAAAGUGGGGCUUUUCUGUUUUUGGCUUGACCUUUCCAUCUAUUAGAUUAUCGUGUCCAACAAAUAUUGCUAUCAUAGGAUGCGACCUGGAAACAUUUUCUGGAAUCUACCUUACAUUUUCCAGAAUUCCAUGCCAGAGAGAUCAGCAAUAUGGUUCUUUACAAAGACCUGAUCACCUUUCUGGGUAAUAGUAUUUAUCUGUUUUACAAAGUCUCAUAAUGGGGCCAGUAAAGAAAGAGGCAAUGCAUUCAGCAAAUUCACACAGAGGAGCAGAAAUACAGGAAUACACAGGAAUCCCCAAAUGUAGCAAUAGUGAAAGUAAGUAUGUGAGGAGUUAGCAGGAGUGAGGAGGUAAAGGGAAGGACUUUGUUGCAUAAGUUGGGAUGUAUACAUUUAUCACAGUGUAAUUGGUCUGCGUAUGUCGUUUAAAUCUGCAUCAUUUGAGAGAACACUGGAUUCUAAUUUUAAGAGAAAUCUAAAUUUUCACAUAAAAUCUGAAACACUGAUUACUGUUAAACUUGUACCACAAGCUCCAGACAUUUAGAGUUAUUUCUCAUUGUGGUUGCGUUUUAUUGUAUAUAUGACUUCAUUAUCUCUCUGUCUGGUUAUGACUAAUUAGUGAAUAAAAGAAAAAGGAUCGUGGACAUAAUUAACAGGGUUAUUAACUAAACUGACUAAGAAUUCAAGGCUAACUUAAGGUGAAUUUCAUAUUUAAGCUCAAAAUACCCGAACUGGAAAAUUUUUCUAAGUCAGCUAUGCUUUCCAUUCAGCUACUCUGGUCUUAAAUUUGAAAAUCUCUUUGAAUUCACCUUCAAUUCUCACUUUGAUGAAUAACCCUGGAAGAUGGCCUUUGCAAAUGUCAGCACUAUGGAUCUUAACCACAGUUGUGGCACAAGACCCUCUAUAAUUUCUCUAAGAAGAAUGUUUGCAUUGCAGCUCCGUUCCAGAAGAUUAAUGUUCAUUUGUAUUUAUUAGGCUGUAAUGGUACAACCGGAAACCAUUUUCAAUCCAUAGCAUAAGACAGUGAAACAUUUGAAUAUGGUGUAAGUCACAUAAGAAAAAUAAAUGUGGCGAUAUGUUCUGACUUUGCACAGUUGCAUUAUUUUAUGGAGUUUACUAACAUAUUGUAAUUCUUUCAGAGUGAGGAGCUUGGAGAGGCAUCAGACAUGGAGAACUCAAGUGUACACAGUUCUUCUGCUCCUUCUGAUAGCUCCGGAAGGAUAAAGAGGAAAAGAGGAAGACCGGCAGGGAAAAAGAAAAAGGGUCAGUGAGUUAGAGUAUUCUGUACAAAGCUGAAAUGGUUUAGAGAUUUUAAUAUGAACAAACAUGGAUGAAAACUAAACAUGAGAGCUAGAUUGAUUUCAGAACACCUUCUGUGAUUCCCCUGCUGAUAGGAAGACAAAACGAGAUCACACUGAGGUCCAAACAAAAUAUGAGGAAAUAGUGACUGAGAGAAUAAAGACAAUUGAACGUGGAAUUACUUGCCUAUUUACAUAGGAGUGAAACUUAUAGUCAAUACGAGCAGUUUUCCUUUUCAGGAAGGCUGAAAAGGAACAUGUCCAUCAAGGUCAGGCUUUCUCACAUCAGUUCUGUUAUGAUGACAUUCUUAGUACGAUUUGACAACUUAGUCAUCAUAAACAAGGAGUACUUUGCACUAGUCUUGUUGUCUGUGAAAUUUACAUGUUAUGGAUAAUGUAAUUGGGAGGCCAUGUUUCAAAAUGAGUGUUUUUAGCUUGCACUCUGAUCCUAUCACAUCUGUCAUCUUUAGUCAUGAAAAACACAGAAUAUGUUUUUUUUUUUUUAUUUCUCACUGUUUUUCUUCUACAGCUGUCAUAGAGGAAGGUGUGUCGGCUGGGGAGGGCUACGAGACAGACCAUCAGGAUUACUGUGAGGUCUGCCAGCAGGGUGGUGAGAUUAUUCUGUGUGACACCUGUCCACGAGCCUAUCACCUGGUGUGCCUGGAGCCAGAACUGGAGUGUGCUCCCCAGGGCAAAUGGAGCUGCCCACACUGUGUAAGUGGAUAUUGCCGUUAUAUGGAAAAUAUGACUGAUUGGUGACAGUGGUAGUGCAUGCUACCUGGGAACUGUGAGACUAGUGGGAAUCCAACUCCCUGCAGCUGCUCCCCUACUAAGCCAAUGGUAUAGUGCCUUUUAAUGGAUUGGGGUGCUUAAAGGACCACUAUAGUGCCAGGAAAAUAAACUCGUUUUCCUGGCACCAUAGUGCCCUGAGGGUGCCCCCACCCUCAGGGUCCCACUCCCGUGGCGCUGAAGGGGGAGGAAGGGGUUAAUCCCUUACCUCUUUUCCAGCGCCGGGCUCCCUCGGCGCUGGGACUCUCCUGCCUCUUCUGAUGUCAUCUGCUGAGAGCCGCGCACGCAUUCAGCCAGUCUCAUAGGAAAGCAUUCUCAAUGCCUUCCUAUGGACGUUGGCAUCUUCUCACUGGGAAAAUCACAGUGAGAAGCGCGGAAGCGCCUCUAGCGGCUGUCAAUGAGACAGCCACUAGAGGCUGGAUUAACCCAUAGAUAAACAUAGCAGUUUCUCUGAAACUGCUAUGUUUACAGCAGAAAGGGUUAAUCCUAGAUGGACCUGGCACCCAGACCACUUCAUUAAGCUGAAGUGGUCUGGGUGCCCAUAGUGAUCCUUUAAUGUGAUGAGAGGAUGGCAUUGACAUGGGGAAAGGAAAUGGUAAAUCAGAAAAUAGUGAUUUGGAGUCAGGAAGAGGAAAAGUAAAUUGGGGAAGAGGGUGAGACGCUCACAUGGGAAGACUGAUUGAGUUGGCAAGUGACAUAGGAGAGCUAUAAAUAUGUGGAUUGUAGGUGGCAGUGACACAGUUGGAGGAUGGGGCCAUUAAGUCAUGUUGCAUUUUAAAGUGUCUGUUUUUUGUGGACAGGAGAAGGAGGGAGUGCAGUGGGAGGCCAAGGAGCUGGAAGAGGAGGAACUGGAGGAACGGCGGAGAGAACGGAGGGAGGAGGAAGAUGACCACAUGGAGUUCUGCCGUGUCUGUAAGGACGGAGGAGAAUUGCUGUGCUGUGAUGCCUGCGUAUCAUCCUACCACAUCCACUGCCUGAACCCUCCGCUGCCGGAUAUCCCACAUGGAGAGUGGCUCUGCCCACGCUGCACGGUGAGUGGUGGAGGGAGUGCACGGUAUGGUAAAGGGGAAAGCCCUGGGAAUGUAAACUGAAAUUUGGAAAGAGAUAAGAUAUAGCCAGAGAAUGGGAUGGGGUCAGGCUACUGGUAAAUGAGAGAAAUCAAAGUGCAGAGUAAAGAUUUACCAGUCCGAGACAGAAAGGAGACUUUCUGCAAAAAUGAUCCAGCUCCACUUCAAUCUCUGCCAUUUUGGCCAUAAGUCGGCAAUUCUUUGGUAAAUUCCCAGCAGUUCACAGUUUAGUGAAUAACUCUGAAAGAUUCAGCCAUGAAAUAUGUGGAAACAAGCCGUCUGUUUACUCUGGGAUUCCUCUGUCCAUUUAGAGAACCGAGGAGUGAUUUGCAAUGAUUUACAACAAUCGUCAAAUUUUCACUUAUUGUUUUUAAAAGGUUUAUUUUUUAAAAUGAUGGAUAUUGAUUUUCUAUUUUUAUUUAGAAUAUUAUAUUUUUUAUCUUGCUCAGCAGGUUCAGUCAGGCUGUACUGUUAUCUGACCAACUGCUGCUCAUCCUAACUUGUUGCUGUUGCAGUUUCACACAGAGCCAUCACGGCUGACCAACUGCUGCUCAUCCUAACUUGUUGCUGUUGCAGUUUCACACAGAGCCAUCACGGCUGACCAACUGCUGCUCAUCCUAACUUGUUGCUGUUGCAGUUUCACACAGAGCCAUCACGGCUGACCAACUACUGCUAAUCCUAACUUGCUGCUGUUGCAGUUUCACACAGAGCAAUCACGGCUGACCAACUGCUGCUCAUCCUAACUUGUUGCUGUUGCAGUUUCACACAGAGCCAUCACGGCUGACCAACUACUGCUAAUCCUAACUUGCUGCUGUUGCAGUUUCACACAGAGCCAUCACGGCUGACCAACUACUGCUAAUCCUAACUUGCUGCUGUUGCAGUUUCACACAGAGCCAUCAUGGCUGAUCAACUACUGCUAAUCCUAACUUGCUGCUGUUGCAGUUUCACACAGAGCCAUCACGGCUGACCAACUACUGCUAAUCCUAACUUGCUGCUGUUGCAGUUUCACACAGAGCAAUCAUGGCUGACCAACUACUGCUAAUCCUAACUUGUUGCUGUUGCAGUUUCACACAGAGAAAUCACAGCUGCUCAGUCAGAUAGAAAAAAAGUUAAAUUUUCUCCCAAAAAAUCAAUAUGCAUCAUUUACAAAAAAAAUAUUUUAAGUUUCAAUGAAUGUAAUAAAUGUUUACAAAAUGACAAGUGGAAAUUUUAUGACAGCUUUCAUUUAAUAGCUAGAUUUUUUUGCUGCAGGGAAUACCACGUUUCUAUUAUUCAAGUUGUGAGAGAUCUAUAAAUAUAUGGAUAUAUGUAACCAAGCGUUAACUUUCCCAUCACUCAAGCUCAUAGGAAAAUGAUAUUUUCAACAGUGAAAGCAAUUUCCAUUUAAAAUGGCUAGUGUUCACAAAAAUAGUUCUAAUUGAUUUUAUUUCUCUCCUCAGUGUCCUCGGCUAAAAGGCCGGGUCCAAAAGAUCCUGCACUGGCGCUGGGGUGUGCCUCCUGAAGGAAUAAUGCUUCCACGACCCCCUAAUGCCUCCUCCAAUGAAGAGCAGCCCCAGGCCACACAGGGGAGGUCAGAGAGGGAAUUCUUUGUGAAAUGGUCCGGAAUGUCAUACUGGCACUGCAGCUGGAUCACCGAGUUACAGGUCUGUGUGUCCAUGCAUUGAGAGUUCCUUUUUCUUUUACAUAUUUAAAUGUGAUCACUGCCAUGUUUUUGUGUUAACCAAACUGCAAAUAAGUCCGUAUAUAAAAUUAUAUGCAUGUGUAAAGAAUCUCGUAUGUUUUUGAAGCUGUCAGCAUUAACAAGCACCAGUAAUGGAUAAUUUAUUGUCCUAUGCAUUACAUUGUAGGAUUGUUGAAAACUGCACUACAAAUGUGCAGCCAAGCCAAUCACAGGCAAAAAAAAAAGCAAAAAUAAAGAUCCAAAAUAUCUUUUAACAUUCUAAUAAAGCUGUCAUCAAAUGUAAUGACAAGGUCAUCGUAAAAUACGUUAUAAAAUGUUACGUCACCCUUAUAUUAGCCAAAUGUUGGAGUGAGUUAUAUAUCCUAAAUCAUCUCACUCAAGCAUUCUGACCUCAAGGGUCAAGCACUGUGCACUGUGGGAUUUCACAGGGUCAUGCGCGUCCUCCGCAUUGGACUAGAUGUGAUCAAUAUCUCAAGCAUACUUGGAAGGAUUCAAAAAAGCAUCCCUAACAGGGAACUACUGUAGUCAUUGUAAAAGUGAAGCAGUUAACAUGAAAAACAGUGGAAUGUACGGGAACAGGCCUUUGUUUUCCUCUGUGGUUUAGAACUUCGCAGUAUUUCUCUUUCUUCACCGUGUGAAAACUGUAGAUAACCUGUCUCCUUGUCUGUCAUCGCAGUCUGGUCCAUGCUAAGUAUGGCCAGCCAGGAGAGCCCCUGUGGAUUUAGCAUCACUAGCUCCAUAGUGCCCUGUGUUUUGUGACUGAGUGACAUAAGUCCAGAUGAUUCUGUGAUCAGAAGAAAAGAGCGCACACUGAGCACAAUGUUUUUCAGAGCUGUGUGAAAUGAUGAGAGCUUUGUGGGAACCUAGUGCUGAGAAGGAUAUAAGCUGUAAUACAAAGAUGCGGCCAGAGGAAAUGAUUUGUAAAAAUAUCAUCAAUUAUGGACGGAGUCAAAAACCCUUGUAAUCAGGAGACAUCCAUAUACCUAAAAUGAGAAGUAUGGAAGUGCAGAGGUUUGGAUUGGAUUGUGAAGACUAACAGGCGUUCCUGCAGCCACUAGCUCAAUGACAAAUGACCGAGUAUAUUGUGCCUCCAUAAUCAGGAGCGAUGUUUAUUGCAGUGAUAAUAUUUCGAUCUCAGGACAUACUUGGAAACUAGGAACAAGCUAAACGUGCCAUUUCUAGUAACAGAUUUUGCUAUUCUCGUUUUAAAACCAAAUUGCAUCUGAUACUGUUGACUGCUGCGUUUUCUGGUACUUUAGUUCAUGUAUUUCAGCAUUGCUAACUACAGGGGAAACAUUAAGAUUCUCGGGCUUUAUGUUUAGUUUUCAGUGACGUAUCUUUAUUUACACUUCUUGGUUUGUGAGUCUAUGUGAAUGUUUAUAUGUCAAUACAGAUCAUGACAAUACAUGUUUCUAGUCCAAUCUUCAUGUUUAACUUCUUUUAAUGCUUUUCUUUAGUUCAAUCUCUGCCCUCUCUGCCAGUCUACAGGUUUCUCUUCAUUUCACCAAUCCAAUAUCCGCAUGUUGCCCAUCCAACUUUCUUCGAUUCAUUGCUUUCAUCCAACUCAUUUUACUCGCUUUCCCUUGUUCUAGCUGGAGAUCUUCCACACAGUCAUGUACCGGAAUUUCCAGCGAAAAAAUGACAUGGACGAGCCUCCCCCAUUUGAUUAUGGUUCUGGUGAGGAUGAGGGGAAGAGCGAAAAGAGUAAGGACGCAGAAUAUUCUGACUUGGAGGAGAAAUUCUACAGAUAUGGAAUUAAACCUGAGUGGAUGUCCAUCCAAAGGAUCAUCAAUCACAGGUCUCAGUUGUAGAUUGGCAGCAUUUUUUUGUUGUCCAGAAUUCACUUAGCCUCAGUCCAUUAGGAUGGAUAAGAGACCGUAGAGAUAGAAAUGAGCAAUUGCAUCUUUCAAACAAGUUGUGAUUUUACGUGUAAGUGUAUCCAUGCUUUAAAGAGGGAAUAAUGCUAUAGACAGAAUUUUUUUCAGUGAGGUCUGGGCAUAUUGCCACACCAAUACAUCCUAUUUAUUCGGAUUCAGUUUUCUAGACCAGGGGUUCUCAACGUUAGUCCUCAGGUUUAGGGAUUACCUGGGUGUGUCUCAGGUGUUUAGAAAAAGAAAAAAAAAACACCUUAGAGUCUAAGGUCUUUUCCCCCCCCUUUUUCUAAACACCUGAGACACACCCAGGUAAUCCCCAAAUCCUGGACUGGUAGGGGGUCCUGAGGACUGGGUUGAGAACCCCUGUUCUAGACGGUAUAUUGAAGAUUAGGUGUGAAACAGAUUUCCUAAUGUGGAAUACGUAGCAUAUGGGCAGGCGUUAAGUGAUCUGUUUUCGAUUCAUAUCUAUGUUCUCCAGUGUAAAUAAGAUAGGCGCUUAUAGAUGUCAUUUUUAGGUAAAAGUCAGUGAGGGGAACUCUGGUGUGUGGGGCAUGAUUGGAGACCGAUAUCUGCUUUUUCUUCUAUGCUCACCAUAGCAUGGACAGAAGGGGUUGUUAUCACUACCUGAUUAAAUGGAGAGACCUGGCUUAUGACCAGUCCACAUGGGAGGAGGAUGACAUGAAACUGCCAGAUUACGACUACCACAAACAGAUGUACUGGAGGCACAGGUAAUGUGUGAAUGUUUCAAUUUAAAUCGGUUAAUUUCUAUUUGGAGAGGAAAGUCAGCUCCAUUCUGAGAUCUAAGUCUCUGUGCCUAAGUAAUGAUCAAGUUUACUUAAAUUGAGUAGAUCAGGGAAGAUUUAAAUCACUUUGCACUCGCCUAGCUUGGAUCAAUAUUUCAAGGUUUUUCUCCAAUGUUGGCUGAGUUUAUUAAUAUUUUCCGCGCUAGAGCUAUUAAAGUCAACUUGUCCUGAACUUGAUAGUCAGGAAUCUAUUUACACUAUGUACCAUGGUUUAUUCAAAGCCCACGUGAUUUACAAAAUUCAGUUAAAAUUUAUUCUCAUAUGUACUACAGGUUAAUCGUUUUUCGAAGUUCUAGAUAUCCACAAUAUUUGUCUGCUGGCAGCAAAAAACGGGCAGCUGGCAAAUGGUUAAAAGUAUAUCAUGUUAAUAAAAAUAUAAAUUAAUUAAUAUUAUUUAAAUGUAUUAAAAUGUUUCCAUUGUGGAGUAUAUCGGGCUCCUAUAUGGAGUUCAUCCUUUCUCCCCAGAACGUAGCUAUCAAAGUGAUGGUAAUGUCAGCUUUUUUUUAAAUUAUACCCUUUAUUAGAAUCGGCAGCCGUCUGCAUUAAAAAUUGUUCCCAGGUAUAACUAUUUCGUUUUUAUUUCCACAAUUUGGUUCUGGAUUUCAGACGUUCAGUUGCACCAAAACAGGUGGAAAUUCUGUCAAUAUUCCAACUCAGAGGCUGUAUUGCAAAAUCUGGAUAUUUGUAAAUCCUUAGUUGAAUAAACCCAUUUGUGUCCUGCCUUUGAAAAGUAUAGAUAGAAAUAUAAAGAUGAAAUAGAUAGAAAUAGAUAGAUAGUGACUGAAAGAUAAAAUGUAAUAUAAAAAUAUUAUUAAAUAUAAAAUCUCAUGAUUUAAAAUGAAAAUGAUUUAGUAAAAACACACCCAACAAACAGUAAUCAAUAAACCAUAUAGCCCUGUCUGUGAGCACAGUUCUGCAUACCUCCGAAGCAGCAAUAGACUGCAGCCACACGGCAAUAAAAGGCCAGACCCAUCAGGAUCAGAACAGCUAAAUAUUCUGGAAAACUGAGACUGUGCAGGCCUAUGUUAAUGGUGUGUUCUGUGUAUUUGCAGUUAUUUGACGCAUUUCAUAUUCUGUCUCAUGUGUUUAUGUUGCUAAACCAAUCCCCACCCUCUGCCGACUGCCUCCUAAUUUCUCAUUGUCACAAUGCUCUCUUGCAGGGAACUGGUAAUGGGAGACAGUACAAGCUGCCCUCCUAAAUACAAGAGACAUCACAAAGAAUCCUACUUGGAAGAAGUGCCCAACACCCCAAUCAAUGAUGUGAGUUCCCCUAACAUCAUCACAGAAUACAUAACUGGAAAAUUGUUACCUAAUACUGCGCACAGGUCAUGUUUCAAUUAGAGAAGACCCUUACUUUAUUUUCUUUUAACCUUUAACCGCAGUUUAUAAACACCACAUUUACCAAUAGCCUUAUUAGAGAGAUAGGCACACGUCACAGCUCAUUCACAGAUGGGAAUCCCAAUAUUAAAGUUGACACUUAUUAAAAAGUAAUUUUAAGCACUAGAUUCAGCCAAUUACAGCAGUGUAGUCAGUUUGCUCGAGGCACACCUCGAGGUGGCUUGAGGCACACUGAUUAAAACCACUGCACUAGGCAACAUCCAUACCCAGAGACUAGACUCAGCGGCUUGAUAACCUCUAUGUAGGUCAUGCAAUAUGAAUAGAGGCUAGAACAGGGAUAGGCAACCUUCGGCACUCCAGAUGUUUUGGACUACAUCCCCCAUAAUGCUCUGAAACCCAUAGUGCUGGCAAAAGCAUCAUGGGAGGUGUAGUCAAAGGCAAUCCUAUGUUCAGUCCAGCUUGGUAUUGGUGGUCAGUCUAGACACAGAGGAUCCAUAAAUCAAACACAGCUGUGCAUGCGUUGAGUGAGCUGGACACUGUGUGCACUGUAUCUUUGCUGUGUGAGGGCAAUUAAUACUGUCUCCUAUUAUGCUAUAUAGGAUAUGUAACAUCCUUUUUCUUUGCAGCCUACAGUGAAAUACGAAACACAGCCCGAGUUUGUGACCUCUACAGGUGGAACUCUACACAUGUAUCAGCUGGAGGGACUCAACUGGCUGCGAUUCUCAUGGGCGCAGGGCACGGAUACCAUCUUGGCAGAUGAAAUGGGACUUGGGAAAACUAUUCAGACCAUUGUGUUCCUGUACUCUCUGUAUAAAGAGGUUAGAGGACAGGGAAUUAAUGAGAUAGAGCAAUGCAGGAAGCCUGGGGAAAAGAUGGAGGAAUGAAAGAUCAGGCUUGGGUGAGAUACAUGGGUGUGGGUCCAGCAAUGAGGGAUGGGCAGGAGAUCAGAUGGAUUGAAUGGAUACUAAAGAACUGAGCUGGAGAAAUGGAAAGAAGUCAGCAUGAGAAUAAUUGUUAUUUUCAUCCAUGUCAUUUUAAACAUGACUUCAUUGUCUGUGCUUGGCUGCUGCUGCUUGGACAUUUCGUCAUCACAUUUCAACUUUUUGUAAUUCUUUAUUUUUGUAGUACAGUGCAAAUAACACAAAAUAAAGACAUUUGAGCAGAUUUCAUUAAAGUGUGUCAGUAAGAGGUCACUAUAGUGCCCGAUGAACUGCACAAUUUUAAAGUUAACAGUAAUAGAAGUUGCUUAUAUAUCAGAUUAACAAGAAAAACAGAGCGUGGUAGUGGAUAUAGAAUGCAUGCUAGUAAUAAAGACAAAGAGUGGUAUGGGGAGAGAAUAAAAUGUCUAUAGAUUCUGGACAGAGACAGAGAGUGGUAUGGGGGGAGAAUAAAAUGUCUAUAGAUCCUGGACAGAGACAGAGAGUGGUAUGGGGGGAGAAUAAAAUGUCUAUAGAUUCAGGACAGAGACAGAGAGUGGUAUGGGGGGAGAAUAAAAUAUCUAUAGAUUCUGGACAGAGACAGAGAGUGGUAUGGGGGGAGAAUAAAAUGUCUAUAGAUUCAGGACAGAGACAGAGAGUGGUAUGGGGGGAGAAUAAAAUGUCUAUAGAUUCUGGACAGAGACAGAGAGUGGUACGGGGAGAGAAUAAAAUGUCUAUAGAUUCAGGACAGAGACAGAGAGUGGUACGGGGAGAGAAUAAAAUGUUUACAUCAUAGAUCUUUUUUCUAAAGGAAAACUCUGACCAACAUGCAUUCUUAACGCUAUAGUUUUAAUAUACCUAUGUAUGUCUAUCUUUUUUUCCCCCAUAAUGCUGUAGUUUUAAUAUACCUAUGUAUAGCUUUUUUUCACCCAAGACUUGUAAGUGUAGGAUUUUUUCCACAUUGCUUUUUUCUUUGCACUAACUAUAACUGUGAGAAAUAAGACAUUUUUGUAACCUACAUUGCACCGUUAUGCACCCUCUGCCUCACCUUACCAUUUUCCUUCAGACUUUAAGGUUGCAGGGACUGAAAGAUUCAUACCCUACUAUCAGUUUGCAUUUAAUAAAAUAUAAUGAUACUUUUUAUAUUAAAGGGACACUUUAACUUUUAUUGAAGCAGUUUUGGUGUUUAAUCAUGUCCCUGCUGUCUGACUGCUCAAUUCUCUGCCAUUUAGGAGUUGAAUUAUUUGUUCAUUCAUUCCUAUUAUAAUGAUAAUGAUGUACUAUUCUUUCGUUCAUGAAGACUUUACAGAAGCAAAUGACAUAAAGAUAGGCCAAUCCAUUGCUGUAUCCAGAACCUUUGCAUACAUGCUGUUAUUUCAUUUAGAGUGUACUGAUUCCUCACAUUCUGUAAAGGAUCACAGGGAGUACGGUACAUUGCAAGACAAUGCUGAUGGAUUUAGAAUUGAGGGUAUAGAUCAAAAAGCUUACAUUUUAGCAUUAACAAAAAACUUGAUGUAAUGUUUACCCUCCUCUUAACCAGAUGUACAUGAUUAAUGUUGUUGGCUUGGGUCAGGCUUUUUUCAUAGUAACGGUUUUCUCUCUCUGUUCCAUAGGGCCAUACACGAGGCCCCUUUCUUGUCAGUGCCCCUCUCUCCACCAUCAUAAACUGGGAGCGUGAAUUUCAGAUGUGGGCCACAGACUUCUAUGUGGUGACAUAUACGGGAGACAAGGACAGCCGAGCUGUGAUCAGAGAGAAUGAGUUUUCCUAUCAGGAUAAUGUCAUAAAGGGAGGAAAGAAAGCCUUUAAGAUGAAGGUGAGACAUGUUGAAGAGCAAGGGAUUCAAUCCUAUUGUACAGCGCUACGGAACUUGAUGGCGCUAUAUAAAUAAUAAAAUAGUAAUAAUAGGCAGAGAAAGUGCAGAAUUUCUGUCCUCUGGUCUCAUUAGGUUUUGGUAUCCUGAUGGUGGGUACGGGGACAAUGUAUUAUUAUGUGAUGAUUCUUUGGGUCCUGUAUUCCUAGGCACAAGCCCAGGUGAAAUUCCACGUGCUGCUCACAUCUUACGAACUAGUAACCAUUGAUCAAGCUGCUCUGGGGUCUAUUCGAUGGGCCUGCCUGGUGGUAGAUGAGGCUCAUCGUCUAAAAAACAAUCAAUCAAAGGUAUGUCUUUGACCUGAUCGGAUUUGUGCCUUCACUAAUCAGCUGGUACAGUCUAAGCAUUUUGGAGCGGAUGGGCUCUCCAUUUUCAAGGGGGGAAGGGCUGUCUAAAGAAACAAAAAAAUAUAUAACAUUUAUUGUCCCUUCAUUGUUUAUAAGUAGGAGUAAUUGUAACACUAUUAUAUGUAACACUAUUGGCUCUGCAUACAAUAAGAAUACGUUUACACAAUAACAAAGAGGUGUAUAGCCUUAGAGGUGUCAGCAUGAGGUAUUCAGAAAUAAAGGAAUCAUUGGGAGGUGUACAUUUCUCAAGUUGUCAGUAGGAUUGAUUCAGUGAUAGAGGAAGAGGUUGGAGGUGUCAGUAGGAGGCACACAAUGAUUAAGGAAUGGGGUGAAGGUGUCAGUAAGAGGGACACAAUGCUCAAGGAAUUGACUGGAAAUUUACAAUCGCAGAAGAGAGAGGUCAGUAGGAGAAACACAGUAAUAGAGAUAUUGGUGGAAGGAGUCCAGUCCUAGGAGUGAUGCUCACAUUGUUUUGCAGUUUUUCCGGGUACUUAAUGGAUACCAGAUUGAUUACAAAUUGCUCCUCACUGGGACGCCAUUACAGAACAACUUGGAGGAACUUUUCCACCUUCUCAACUUUCUCACCCCAGAGAGAUUUAAGUAAGUCUUGUACAUAUAGAUUGCAUACAAUUCCGUGACUGCAAGCGCUACCCAUAUAACUACGGUCUCCCCCACAGUAAUCUGGAAGGCUUCCUGGAAGAAUUUGCCGACAUUUCCAAGGAAGAUCAGAUUAAGAAGUUGCAUGAUCUGCUGGGUCCUCACCUACUUCGUCGACUCAAAGCUGAUGUUUUUAAGAACAUGCCAGCCAAGACUGAGCUUAUAGUUCGAGUGGAGCUCAGUCCCAUGCAGAAGUAAGAGUCAAGCAAAAAACACUGACUCGGGGUGAGGUGGUCAUGAGAUAAGGCAGUGUAUUGACUAGAGCAGGGGUCAGCAACCUAUGGCACGUGUGCCAUGCAUGGCACUCAAGAUGCCUUUGCACGCUACUCAGGGUUGCCAGAGACAAACCAGCUCUGGACUAUCAGGAGUCCCAUGGGACUUCACAUGUAUGUUAGUGCAAACCGAGCAGUGAUUGCAGGUGGUGAGGGACAAUCCUCAAUUUACACAUUGCACUUGUGCAGUAGAAGAACUUGUAAAUGGGAAACCACACUGGAGUAGAGCAGCCCACAGUAGCUAUCGCAGCUCUUGCUCUCUACCUGUACCUGGUCAGCUUGGUCCACACUGGACCCCAGGAAAGCCACCCACGCUGCUAGGUAUGCACAGAGCUGCAGAAUAAGCCUCCCCUCAUACAAAUAAUACAGACAGCCUACACAUAUAUAACACCACUGACAGUCCACCUAACCCACACAACCCCACAAUACCACAAUCAGACCCCUACAUACACACAACCAAACACACAAUGUCACAUAUCAUCCACACACACAAUUCUACAGCCAGUCCCAAUACAAAGCCCACAUUCAUAUACAAUAUAACAGCCCACAUACUCUCUAAUACAAUGUUACAAAGUGCAGCUCCCAGAAAUAACACAAGCAGAAUACUGCAACAUACGCACCUCAGCUUAAAAAUAUAGGACCGGCACGCCAAGGGACUUCACAAUCCUAUAUCGGCACAGUGCUGCUAAUAGGUUGCCUACCUCUGGACUAGAGCAUGAUAUGCGAAAUAGUUGGAGACAAUAAAACUUGGGAAAUUGCCAGCCACGAGCUCAGUAUUCUGGAUUGUGUUAGGAUGCACAUUUAUUUUAAUUUCUCUCUUUCGUGUGGCUUCAUCCAGGAAAUAUUACAAAUUCAUCCUCACUCGAAAUUUUGAGGCCCUUAAUUCACGUGGAGGAGGGAACCAGGUCUCUCUUCUCAACAUCAUGAUGGAUCUUAAGAAAUGCUGUAACCAUCCAUAUCUCUUCCCUGUGGCUGCUCUGGUUAGUUCCAUUAAUUACCUCUAAUAGCUUAUUCUGUUGUUCCCUAUACAGGAUGACACAGACAGAAGGAGCUAUGAGUCUGUCCCUCCCCCUACAGGGUGAUACAGUGACACAGACAGAAGGGGCUGUGAGUCUGUCCCUCCCCCUGCAGGGUGACACAGUGACACAGACAGAAGGAGCUAUGAGUCUGUCCCUCCCCCUGCAGGGUGACACGGUGACACAGACAGAAAGAGCUAUGAGUCUCUCCCUCCCCCUGCAGGGUGACACGGUGACACAGACAGAAGGAGCUAUGAGUCUGUCCCUCCCCCUGCAGGGUGACACAGACAGAAGGAGCUAUGAGUCUGCCCCUCCCCCUGCAGGGUGACACGGUGACACAGACAGAAAGAGCUAUGAGUCUGUCCCUCCCCCUGCAGGGUGACACAGACAGAAGGAGCUAUGAGUCUGCCCCUCCCCCUGCAGGGUGACACGGUGACACAGACAGAAGGAGCUAUGAAUCUGUCCCUCCCCCUGCAGGGUGACACAGUGACACAGACAGAAGGAGCUAUGAGUCUGUCCCUCCCCCUGCAGGGUGACAUGGUGACACAGACAGAAGGAGCUGUGAGUCUGUCCCUCCCCCUGCAGGGUGACACAGUGACACAGACAGAAGGAGCUAUGAGUCUGUCCCUCCCCCUGCAGGGUGACACAGUGACACAGACAGAAGGAGCUAUGAGUCUGUCCCUCCCCCUGCAGGGUGACACAGUGACAGACAGAAGGAGCUAUGAGUCUGUCCCUCCCCCUUCAGGGUGACAUAGUGACACAGACAGAAGGAGCUAUGAGUCUGUCCCUCCCACUGCAGGGUGACACUGUGACACAGACAGAAGGAGCUAUGAGUCUGUCCCUAUCCACCAGGGGUGACACGGUGACACACAGACAGAGGAGCUAUGGGUCCUGUCCCUGCAGGGUGACACAGUGACACAGACAGAAGGAGAUAUGAGUCUGUCCCUCCCCCUGCAGGGUGACACGGUGACACAGACAGAAGGAGCUAUGAGUCUGUCCCUCCCCCUGCAGGGUGACAGGGUGACAAAGCUAUGAGUCUGCCCCUACCCCAGCAGGGUGACAGGGUGACAAAGCUAUGAGUCUGUCCCUCCCCCUGCAGGGUGACACAGUGACACAGACAGAAGGAGCUAUGAGUCUGUCCCUCCCCCUGCAGGGUGACACAGUGACACAGACAGAAGGAGCUAUGAGUCUGUCCCUCCCCCUGCAGGGUGACACUGUGACACAGACAGAAGGAGCUAUGAGUCUGUCCCUCCCCCUGCAGAGUGACACAGUGACACAGACAGAAGGAGCUAUGAGUGUUGAUUUAACCCGAUUCACUUUUUCUCCUGUGUUUCAGGAGUCCCCAAAGCUUCCCAGUGGUGCGUAUGAAGGUGGAGCGCUGAUCAAGUCAUCUGGAAAGCUGCUACUUCUGCAUAAGAUGCUUCGGAAGUUAAAUGAACAGGGCCAUAGAGUGCUGAUCUUCUCACAGGUAGAAAAUCUAUUUUUCAAUGAGUGUCUCUCUGUGCCAGCUCAGCUCGUACCGUCUGCUUUUAUAUCAAGUGAAGAAAACUCCAAAACCUGCUCCAUAAAAUCUAUUUGUAAUUGUCUUCCAGAAGAUAAUAUUUUACUGUGGUUGUAGUUGUGGAGUGGCAUCUUGCUCUGCUUGAUAAAUGACGAGGAACUUUUUAAUAUUGUCAUUUUUCUGGUUAAAGGACCACUAUAGUGCCAGGAAAACAUACUCGUUUUCCUGGCACUAUAGUGCCCUGAGGGUGCCCCCACCCUCAGGGUCCCCCUCCCGCCCGGCUCUGGAAGGGAAAGGGUUUUAACACCUUUCCGGCACAGGCGGAGGCUCUCUGCCUCCCUCUCCCUCCGUUAAGCCCUGCUGAAUGCUGCAGCAAGCUUGGCAUUCAGCAGUCUCACUCAAAAGCAAAAGCUCCUAUGGAUGCUGGCGUGCUCUCACUGUGAUUUUCACAGUGAGAAGCACGCAAGCGCCUCUAGUGGCUGUCAAUGAGACAGCCACUAGAGGAUUGGGGGAAGGCUUAACCCAUUCAUAAUUAUAGCAGUUUCUCUGAAACUGCUAUAAUUAUGAAACAAUGGGUUGAGCCUAGCUGGACCUGGCACCCAGACCACUUCAUUAAGCUGAAGUGGUCUGGGUGCCUAGAGUGGUCCUUUAAUGGAUAACCAGAGUUUCUAAAACUAAUUACACUGGAAAUGCUGCUCGUGUAUUGUUUGUUCUGUCUGUUCUACUUCAUUAGGAGAAAUCUAUCAAAGUGCUGCCAACACAUUUAUAUAUAAUUUUCAGCUCCCUUUGACUCUAUUUAUUAAAUCUGUUAGAUUUCUUCAUCGUUUUCUUCUUUAGCACCAUAAUUGUCAUUUUUGAAUAGACACCAUUUUUUUAAGCAAUGCAAGAUAUUUAUCAAUCGUUCCACCACUUUUUUCCAACAGAGAAGUGUUCUUUUUCAUGCCCCUCUACAUUCGACAGUUUUCUGAAAUAGAAAUUUCUGCAAAAACUGUCCGAAUUUAUAACGAAGAAAACUGACAAUAUUCGAUCAUUUAAAAAAAACUUUAAUAGAUACAAUCAAAAUAAUGACGGGAUUUAACGGUCUCGUUUCAGAACACUUUAAUAAAUAUCACCCAUUCCUGUUUGUCCUUAUAUAUCUCCACCAUGCACAAUCUUCUCUGCUCUGAUCUGAAACAUCACUGUGCUAUGGAUGGUACUUACUAACACAGAAUACACCUAGAAUCCAGAUCACUGUUAUUGACCAGAAAAAUGGAAAGAAUUAAAAACUUAUCAAAUUCAACUAUGACUGCAUGACAAACUGAAGCUGGAUAGGAUAUUUUCACUUUUCUGGAAUUUAUGUAAAUCCCUCUGAAAAAGUUUCCCCAUUUUUCUAAAACUUUUACAGAUGACCAAGAUGCUAGAUCUCCUAGAAGACUUUCUGGAUUACGAGGGUUACAAAUAUGAACGUAUUGAUGGAGGGAUAACUGGGGCCCUCAGACAGGAAGCCAUUGAUCGGUUUAAUGGUGAGCGUGGUCUAAGAGUCGACAUGCAUAAAAUUACUUAUUUCUUUACCAUCUCUUUCCUUUUGCUAGUUUUUUUUCUCUGUCUUUCUUUCUUGGUUACAUUCUAACACCUUUUUUUUCUGUUGGAUUACAGCUCCUGGAGCUCAGCAGUUUUGUUUCUUGCUCUCUACACGUGCGGGGGGUCUGGGGAUCAACCUCGCUACGGCUGACACGGUCAUAAUAUAUGACUCCGAUUGGAACCCCCACAAUGACAUCCAGGUGAGUCUGAGCUAUCUGUUACCUGUAUGUAUAGAAAGAGGACAGACUGAGCUAUCUAUCACUGUAUAUAAGGAGAGAGGACAGACUGAGCUAUCUAUCGCUGUAUAUACAGAGAGAGGACAGACUGAACUAUCAAUCACUGUAUAUACAGAGAGAGGACAGACUGAACUAUCAAUCACUGUAUAUACAGAGAGAGGGCAGACUGAGCUAUCUAUCACUGUAUAUACAGAGAGAGGACAGACUGAGCUAUCUACCACUGUAUAUACAGAGAGAGGACAGACUGAGCUAUCUAUCACUUCUCUUAUAACAGAAUCUUGUGCAUAAUGUUUACUGAUAUUUUUUUACAGUGAGAAGGGUGAAACAGCAAAAUAAAUAAGAGUAAAACCGCAACAUAAAAGAAAAACAAAAAUACACAAAGUGGAAAUGUUUGGAUGCAGAAUUCAAAUUCAGUAAAUGAAACUGUACAGUGUACGUGUAGGUUUAGAAUCAGCGAGAAAAUUCAUUUUUUUGCAAGGAUGUUUUAAAAGGUUGAACUUAUGCCAUUUAAAAAAAAUAAAAAAAAUAAUUUAUCUAUUUAAAUGAUAUGUAAACUGGUGAAAUAUUUGUAGCAAGGGGAUUCAAAAAGAUUAUCCAUUUUGUCCUGUCUUUCAGUUGUAUAGACAGUCGAGCCAGGCGAUAGACUUCAUUUAAACAAAUUAUUUUGAUUGUCUUCCUCUCCAGGCAUUUAGUCGUGCUCAUAGAAUUGGUCAGGCGAACAAAGUGAUGAUUUACCGCUUUGUGACGCGAGCCUCGGUGGAAGAGAGGAUAACUCAGGUGGCAAAAAGGAAGAUGAUGCUCACUCACCUGGUGGUUCGUCCAGGCCUCGGCUCCAAGGCUGGCUCCAUGUCCAAGCAGGAGCUUGAUGACAUCUUGAAGUUUGGAACUGAGGAACUCUUUAAAGAUGAAAUUGAAAGUGAGAUGUUGCCAAUGUAUUUAAUGAUGAGGAAGGGGAGGCUUCAUUCUUAUUCUGUUGUAACCAUACUGGAGAAAUCAGUUCCUGAUUAAAAAAUUCCUCAUUUCCCCAGUCAUAAGUUUGUCAAUGCCUAUAUCACAGUAGAGCCUUCCUUUUUAAAGGAACAUGACAGCAUUAGGACCUCCCUAAGUUAAAUGAAAAAAGCUUUUAACUUACCCUUUUUCCAGUGCCAGGACUCACUCCGUACAGCUGCCCAAUCUGGCUGAUGUCAUACUGCAGGUGUUGGCUGAGAUUUAGUCAUCUCCUAUAGUGUCCCAUUUAAAUACAUUGAAUUCUUUAUUGUCUAAGUAUCUGUUAUGGUUUGGAGGGACUGAUUAAACUUAAGUGUUAUUUAUUGCCCCAGCAAUAUAACCAGCUGUUCAGAUAAUUAAUUCUGUUUAGCAGUAUUUUACCAAUUGAUCUAUUAUUUUCCAGCCGGUGAUAACAAGGAGGAUGACAGCAGUGUAAUCCAUUAUGAUAAUGGUGCAAUUGCACGUCUUCUUGACCGGAAUCAAGACGAGACGGAAGACACAGAGGUCCAGAACAUGAAUGAGUAUCUCAGCUCCUUCAAAGUAGCUCAGUAUGUGGUGCGGGAGGAGGAGAAGGUAAGAGGAUAAAUACAAAUAACCUUUAACUCAAAUGUUGGUGAACAUUGAGUAUGUUUGAUUUACUGAUUGUGGAAUCUGGUACUAGAUCCUAACUCUUACUUUAUAGGAAGCGAGAUUAUACCACGUCUCAUAAUUCGGUUGUGGAUUAGUACAUUAAGUUGAGAAUAUACAUUGUAUGCUCUCUCCGUUAUAAAGUGUCAUGUCAUUGUCUUGGUAUUUGUGAUGUUUUGUCUCAGCUGGAGGAGCUGGAGCGUGAGGUCAUCAAGCAGGAGGAGAACGUGGAUCCAGAUUACUGGGAGAAGCUUCUACGGCAUCACUAUGAACAACAGCAGGAAGACCUGGCACGGAAUCUGGGCAAAGGAAAGAGAGUGCGGAAACAGGUUAAUUAUAACGACGCAGCGCAGGAGGAUCAGGGUGAGCUCUCACUCCUCACCAUCCCGACAUUCUAUCUCUCCUCACCCACAUUCACCUGAAUCUCAUAUACGAAGGUUUCACCAGACUAAUCCAGCCUCCACAUGUAUUUUCUGACUACUCCUAGUUAUCUUCUGCAAUAAACUAGGCUUUACUCAAUAAAUCAGAGUUGUUAGGAAUAGACAAGAGAAAUGCGCAUAUUAAGCCAUAAAGCAGAGCUGGACGAUAAGCAAGUCAAUUAAUUUAUCUACUAUGUUUAGUUUUUGUGGUUCCCUUAUUAAUUCUCCCCAAAUCUGUGUUUGGUGAAUAAACCUUAUAGGCAACUAUAGGUUUAGUCUAAUAGUAGACCCUGGGAAAUAGUAGUGAGGAAAGCAGGCACUCCCUGGCCUUUGCAGACCCCAGGAUCUUUCAGAUGAAUGAAUUUAGUGUUUUAAAGUCACUCUGCAAGUUGGUAUAGUCUCGUGGGUUUGCUGACAAUUUCUCUCAAAUGUAUCUCAGCGGUUCCUUGGAACAUUUAUCUUCUCUAGAUAAUCCUACCAAUGCUCCCUUAGUUUACAUUCUUUCCCCGUCUCUAAUUUCUGCUUCAUUCUGAACUUUGUGAACCCCACUCCUCCUCCCCUUGGUUUCCAAUCACACAUGUUCUAUCCACAUGCAGCUUUUUCACCCCCUCUUCUUACGGACACUUCCAUAAUAAUUCCUCUACUUCUCCUUGUAUUUCCAUUACGCUUCACUACAUCUGCAUGCCCCAUGUUUUUAUUCAUCUUCCACUCCUGGAGCUUGUGUGUUUUCUGCAGUGGAGGACCUAGUGUAUGCUAGUUUGUGCAUGUGUGUAUGAGUAUGUAUACAGGGUGGCAUUUGUGUGUAAAUCUCAGGGUGUAUAUGCAAUACCAGUGUGUGUGUGUGUGUGUGUGUGUGUGUGUGCGUGCAAGCAUUUUCUGUAUAGUAAAAAAAAAAGAAUAUAUAGGUUGCGCUAUAUGCUCAUAAACAAAAAGGUAAGUAGAAUGAGACAAAUAUAUAUAAAUAAACAGGAAAAAUAAUCCCAGUGCUAAAAAGUCUUUAAUAAAACCUGUAAAAGUGCUUCAGUAUGGAAAAAACCUGUAAAAGUGCUUGAGUAUGGAAAAAGUCCAAUAGGUAGCUGGGUCUUCUGAUGUUGAGGUAUCUCAGUUCAAUAGUGGGUAUAUGAACAUGUAAGAGAGACAGAGAAACUCCAUUAGUGCAGAUUGCAAAUCGACAAAUUGGUAGGUAAAAAAUUCUAACCUAUUUAUGAGCAUAAAUUAGCUCAAGUGGUUAUAGCGUUCAGUGGCGUUGAUCCUCCACUGGUAGGAUAUAGGUGGUGAAGAUAUGAUGAGCUCCUUGUUAUAUAGAGAGAUAAGAAAACGAUAUAGUGCUCACUGAAAUAAUAAAAAAGUUAAAGGAUAAAAGCGAUAAAAUACUCACAUAUAUGAGCAGGAUAUACUGCUCAAUAUAACGGCGUGGGUGGAGUUAUCCCCACCUAGGAUUCUUGGGAAAAUGCAUGCUCCGAUAUAGCAGGUACCAGGUAUAAAAUAAAAGGUAAAAUAAUAUAAUAAAAAGGUAUAUAAAGGCUAAUAAAAGGGCCAAUAUUCCUUUAUUAAUAAUAACAGGAUAAAUAUAUAUAUAUAACAAAUAUUAGAAACAGCCAAAACGCGUUUCGCCUCACAGGGCUUUAUCAACUGGCAAUAGAAAAUGACAACCUGGUACAUAGAUGCUUUUAUAAACUAUCUGAACAUAUGCAAAUUCAAAAUUUGGCGCCAAAAUGACGUCAUCAUUAAAAUACAAAAGUACAGAGAAAAGUGCAAAUCUUAAAAAUAUUCAUAAUAUAAUGGUGUAAGAAUAAUCCAAACUAUAUAUUAUAAUUCAUUACUAAAAACGAACAUUUUUUAAAACAAACGGUAAAAUAAAUAAAACUAAUGAAAUCAUGUGAUCGCGCCCUUGCGCGGUCACGUGGUAUAGUUAAGAGGACUCUGGGAAAUGUAUGCUGAACGUCAAAUGACUAGACGUCAGCAUGCUAGGCGAAGAGUAAUAAGAGCCACCAAUUACUGCCCAACAGCCAACCAGUCUGCUCUCCUCUGCCAUAUUCGGAGGAGGAAGUAUUUACUGAAAUGGUAACUACAUAUUUUCUAACAUUAGUUAUGUUUUUUUUCAGUCCUGCAGCAUUACACUGGAAUUAUCUGGCUGGCUGUGAGCCAGCGCCAAUGUCAUCUUGUGGCCUCCUGACCACCACCAUCAAUUGGUUAAUUUCAGACACCAGCAAAUGAAUGAACCCCUUUUCCUAGGUGUGCUGAUUGCAGAUGGGAAUGCUGUUCCCUUGUUUGUAUUGUGCAGCAGGGGUGAUAAGCAUCAUGCAAGCACCCAUGGCUGCAGUUAUUCCAGUUUUGGGCCCUCGGCCCAUGACUGACAGCCACUGAUACUCAUUGUGCCCCUCUGCCCCCAAAACCUUGUGGGCCUUGGUGCAUCAUCUUUGCAUUCUCCUUCCCACCCUAAGUCCAUAUAAAUGCCACGUCCCACUUGCCAUGUUCCACCUGCUUGCUUUUAUUUAUCCUCUCUCCUGUCGCUUUAUCUUACCCAUAUAUUUUUUUUUUUAAAUAGAGUCAGGAGAAGGAACAUAGCAAAGUCUAGGAAGGUUAGUAUCAUUGUUUAACAAAUUCACGGAGACAGUGUAGGUAGGAGAUGUAUCAGACUCAUAAUUAUUAAUAUUACAGAAAGAGAGGUGUAAAUGUAACACGUUAUUAUGAUAUCUCUAGACAAUCAGUCUGAAUAUUCUGUGGGUUCAGAAGAGGAAGAUGAAGAUUUUGACGAGCGAGCAGAAGGUGAGAUGAAAUGAGCUCAUAGGUUCGUUAUCUCUUGUCUCCCGAGGGUUUCAGUUACUCAACUAUCUUGUGCUAUCACAGGCCGAAGGCAGUCUCGCCGGCAGCUGCGCAAUGAGAAAGACAAGCCGCUUCCCCCUCUUCUGGCCCGUGUUGGUGGGAGUAUAGAGGUAAGGGUCCACUCCAACUCUUUCUACAUACACAGUAUCAUUUGUCAAUGGUGUAGGCUGCUGCUGGACAAAGGUCAUCAGGAAGACUGAGUGCAGACGUCAACUUCAUCCUCAUCUCUUCUAAUACUCUUCCAUUCCACUGUGCUUUUAUUAUAAGAGCUGUCUCCACAGUUCCUAUAGCAGGUGAAAUAUGAGGUUUUAGUUUUUUUUAAAAGUCUGAUUUCUAGACUAAAAGAUUAUUAUGUUUAUUUUUUUAUUUUUUUUUAGUGAAGGAAGCAGCCCUACAUAUUCCUUAGUCUUUAAAAAAAAUCCCCUACGCCUGCUUAUUUAUUGUUAUUUUAUGGAUGUGAUUUGUAAACCGGCUGCAGCGGUUUUCACACCAAACUUUUGUUUUGUUAUUUGUGUGUUUGUGCUAAUAUUUUCCUGUAAAUGCACCAUGUUUCCUGUUUGACUGUCUUACAACGGGCAAUGUCAUUAGGAAACAAAAAAAUAUAUAUAUUUUGUAUUUUGGAGUAUUCGUAUGCAACUCGUGCAAAUAUGAGCUACAAUUUUUAUACAUAACCACCCGUGUAUUUAAAGCUAAAAAAACUCACUUGUACAACUAUAUAUUAAGAGCCUGUUAAAAAAAAAAAAAAGAAAAAUACCUGUUAAAUAUGAUAGAUAGGGAAAUGAAUGCAUCCACGUAAAACAACUCAUUUACAGGGUUUUUCACUAAAGAGAGAAUUAGAAGUGGAUUUAGCAUUUAAGGCCAAAGUUGCCGAACUGAAAGCACAGCUGACAUUUCUAGAAUCUUAGGCACUACUGGCAGGGGUUUUGUGAUUGAGAGAUGAAUACGGUUUUAUUGUUAUUGUGUUUGAGCCCAGUGGUUGAAUUUGGGCCCAGGGGUUCAAUUUUUGGGAGAGCAGAGUAGGGUGUUUUUUAUCCUGCAAUCCGGGACGCUGUGUAAUACUGAUUUGGACCCAGAUUAUUUUGGCUCCACUCAGAACUGUGUCACAGGGGAACCAGGGUUAGGCAUUUAACUAAUUAAAGAAAGGCAUGGCUGCUUCAUAAAUCCUUAAGGACCACAAGCUGUAAUACCAGUCUUGUCUCUGUGUACUCUAUGCCAAAAUGGAAUGGUUCAUGUAUUUAACUUUGGCUGACUUAUAUAGUCAUACUGUAUAUUAUUCCAUUAAUAAUUCUUAAAGAACAUAUGGUUAUGAUGGCUUAGACUAUUAUUGGUCCUUAAGGGGUUAAACCUUCUAUUAGUGCUAUAUAGGUGAAGCAGGAGUAAGUCCUGAGCCUGUGACAGAUACAGACUGUAUUUUGCAAUCUGCUAGUUGAACUGGUAAUUGAGAAUGGAAUUUUAGCUCGAAAUCUCACAGCUGGAAAAAUAGUGAAUCUGUCAAGUUUUUAAAUUUGCUGAUUUUGGCCUAAAAUUUCAAUUUCCCUGGUCAAUUCUUGGUAUAUUAAAUCUUGACAACAUCGUCUGUUUCUUUAUUUUAGGUCCUUGGAUUUAACACACGCCAGCGCAAGGCUUUCCUUAAUGCAGUGAUGCGAUGGGGCAUGCCGCCUCAAGACGCUUUCAGCACACACUGGCUUGUGAGAGACCUGAGGGGCAAGUCAGAAAAGGAGUUCAAGUAAGUGGCCGCCAUGUCAGCUCCUCUUAGCCCCAAUGUUACUAAACUAUAACUUGUAUACACAGCACAGAUAUUGUCAGCCUCCCUUAACACCACGGUUACUAAACUAUAACUUGUAUACACAGUACAGAUACUGCCUGCCUCCCUUAACACCACGGUUACUAAACCAUAACUUGUAUACACAGCACACAUAUUGUCAGCCUCCCUUAACACCACAGUUACUAAACCAUAACUUGUAUACACAGCACACAUAUUGUCAGCCUCCCUUAACACCACGGUUACUAAACCAUAACUUGUAUACACAGCACACAUAUUGUCAGCCUCCCUUAACACCACGGUUACUAAACUAUAACUUGUAUACACAGCACAGAUAUUGUCAGCCUCCCUUAACACCACGGUUACUAAACCAUAACUUGUAUACACAGCACAGAUAUUGUCAGCCUCCCUUAACACCACGGUUACUAAACCAUAACUUGUAUACACAGCACAGAUAUUGUCAGCCUCCCUUAACACCACAGUUACCAAACUAUAACUUGUAUACACAGCACAGAUACUGCCAGCCUCCUCCUCCCCAUGCUAGACCAUGACAUGUAUGUACAGCACAGACAGUGCCAGCCUUCCCCUCCCCAUGCUAGACCCUGACAUGUACGUACAGCACAAACAGUGCCAUCCUCCUCCUCCCCCAUACUAGACCCUGACAUGUACGCACAGCACAGACAGUGCCAGCCUCCCCCUCCCCCAUGCUAGACCCUGACAUGUACGCACAGCACAGACAGUGCCAGCCUCCCCCUCCCCCAUGCUAGACCCUGACAUGUACGUACAGCACAAACAGUGCCAACCUCCCCCUCCCCCAUGCUAGACCCUAACAUGUACGUACAGCACAAACAGUGCCAGCCUCCCCCUCACCCAUGCUAGACCCUGACAUGUACGUACAGCACAGGCAGCGGCAGUCUCCCCCAUGCUAGACCCUGACAUGUACAUACAGCACAGACAGUGCCAGCCUCCCCCUCCCCAUGCCAGACCCUGACAUGAACGUACAGCACUGGCAGUGACAGCCUCCCCCAUGCUAGACCAUGACAUGUACGUACAGCACAGACAGUGCCAGCCUCCCCCAUGCUAGACCCUAACAUGUACGUACAGCUCAGACAGCGGCAGUGCCAGUCUGCCAAUCUCACACUGUUGGCCAUAACACAGACUGAAGCUACAAUGCAGACAGAUAUGGUGGUCUCCCACGUGAUGACGCUCUUACUCAUCUGAUGCCAGCUGAGUCAAAUAAUGUCUGUAUCCUGGAGGUGAUAGCGAGUUUCUUAUCACCGCUCUCACACAGACACACACUAUAAUCUGCUUCCAGAUCUAUAAACGGAGGAGACCUGAGUGGUGUCUGAUCCUCCCUCCCUGGGGCAGAACAUAAGAGGUCGUAUGCUGACUUCGUGUAGACUUGGCUGGUUAGGAUGCUUUGGCAUAUCUGAUGGGCAAAACACCAACAAUCUGUAGGUUUCUGUUUCUUCUUGUUUAUUUCCCUUUAACCUUCGCUAAACCCCCAGAUAAUUAAAAUCUAAUUACAUACAUGCACAAGUUUCUGCAGGCCAUGUUUAACGGUCAGAUAUGGAGGUAAUGAGGGCUGGCUGCUGCGUUAAGCAGGAGAUAGGAUACCUGUGGCAGAUUUGGUUUUGUGCCAAGCAGAGGAACUGCCCAGAUCUCAUGUUGAGAUAUCUCCCAAGUCACCACUGGGACAGUAAACAAUAAACAAUGUUUUUUAAUUUACUUUUCCUGGAUUUUAGCUGCAAGAAGAGGGCUUCUCUAUUGUCCUGUAUGGCACAGAAUGUAUAGGGUGUUAUGCAGGAUUUUACAAGUUUGAUUUCUUCUGUCUGUAGUCCUUUGCUUCACACCUUGCCAAUGCCCAGUUUUAAUUUAUUACAGCAGGUUAGAUCCCACUGUCUGCUGGGGCUUCAUCUCCCUUGGCAGACUGGUCAGGUAAGACAGUAACUGCAGUUCUAGUUAGACCAAUUAGAGAGAAUGUCCCUAGUUCUUCCUUCCUUAGUAGAAUUUUUUUUUUUUUAAACUAGUUUAAUGACACUUUCUUGCCAAAAGAACUUCUGAUGUAAUCACUUAGGCUGGGUAGCCUGAGCCGCUUGUUUUGUCUGUGACGUGCAAUAUUAAUAUUGGAAUGGACCCCAGAGCGGGCAAGAUUCCAGGAACUGUCAGUUUUAAAGAACAAUAGAAUUGUCACCACUUCAUUACUCAUUCCUUCGUUGUGCUGUCUCCAGUGGAGACUUAUAGGCAUAACCUUUCAGUCUUAUAUUAAAGGGACACUCUGAGUAUCAAAACCACAUCUUAAUGUAGUGGUUUCGGUGCGUAAACCCUGUCCCUGCAGCCUUAAAGAUGUAAACAUUGCCAUUUGUGAGGAUGCCUCUAGUGGCUGUCAGUCAGACAAUCAGUCAAUCAGACAGCCACGAGAGGCACUUCCUAGUGAAGAUCUUCUAUAAAUGAAUGUGAUCACGUUCCUAAUCAUCACGCCUAGCCAAACACUGAUAAUUCUUGUCGUAGAGAAGUAUAGAUCAGGACAGCACUGUAUAAAAGGUGAGUUUUACUUAUAUUAGAAGGAACUCUCUAACUUGAUGAAUAUUCAUGAAUUGAUACAUUUAUUCAUAACAUUAGUGUUCCUUUAAAUAUUGUUUUGAUCAACAUUUAUCAAUUUAUCUCUCGCUUAUUUUGCCCUUACUGUUUGUGUCUCCUAGGGCAUAUGUAUCUCUCUUUAUGAGACAUCUGUGUGAGCCAGGUGCGGAUGGCUCUGAGACGUUUGCAGAUGGUGUUCCUCGAGAGGGACUAUCCCGCCAGCAGGUUCUGACCCGUAUCGGCGUCAUGUCUUUAGUCAAGAAAAAGGUACCAGUCAUUGAUCUUUUAUAAUAAGUGGCUCUGACUGCCUGUGCUGUAAUAUGUUAUGGACCUAGUGUCUCUUCCGCCAUGACAUGGCACCUGCGGGUAAAUGGGCUCUUCCUGCUUAGCAGAAUGACGUGGUGUGCAGCUUUUGUACAGUGGUUAUCCCUCCCUAAAAUUGCAAAUGUGAACAUAAUGACCCAUUUUGUAUAGUGUUGCAGCUGUGAGCAGUGUGAUUCUUCCUGCAUGGCUUGGCAGCUGUGGGCAUGGCGACUCUCUGCAUGGCAUUUGUGAGCAGAGUGAAUCUAUAUGCUUGGCGCCCCUGCUGUGGGCAGAGGGUCUCUCCCUGCUUGGCGCAGCUGCCCUGGGCAGAGGGACUCACCCAGUCAUAUUGUUUGCGUAAUUUGCCUCCAGGUGCAAGAGUUUGAGCAUAUCAACGGGCGCUGGAGUAUGCCAGAGCUCAUGCCUGACCCUAAUCUAGACUCCAAACUCUCAUCCCGGGCAUCGUCCCCCACUGUAAAGACUUCCACCACCACACCGGAGCCCAGCCUAACAAACACUCCCUGCACGUCCAAACCAGGUUUGUAUGAUGGAUGGAGGUAGAGCCUCUGACUUCCUCCUACCUAAAUUGGAAUUGUCACUCUACUUCCAAAUAUUCUAAUUACUUCUUGGAACUCAUUUAAAGGGACACUGUAAGCACUAUUGCAACUUUAACUUAAGGAGAUGGCUUUGAUGUACAGAUCAUGCCGGACAGUCUCACUGCUCAGUUAUCUGGCAUUUAGGGGUUAAAUCACUUUUUUUAAGGCAGCUCUCGUCACACAUCCCCUGGCUGUGACCCACACAGCCUCCUGUUUAAACUGAAUUUAAUCACACACCAGAGGCUGCUGUCAGCUGUAGCAGGCAAUUAACAGAACUGAAGAUAAGAACUUGUAAAUUAAAUAAGGUGCAGAUGAAAUAAGGUAAGAUAAAAAAAAUUAGACCUCUUUUUCAGGUAUGUGUAUGGAGGCUGUGUGAGUGUCAGCCAGGGGAGGUGUGGCUCAGGCUGCAUUAGCAAAUUAGAAACCUAAAUGGCAGCAAAAUGACCUGUGAUACUGCAUGGAUAUGAUCUAUACACCAACACAGAUUUUAUGAAGCUAAAAGUGUUUGGUUUAGUCUCUACCCUGCAAUGUUUGCAUAUCUCCCAUGCCAGGCGUUUGGCCACCUAUAGUUACUUAGCUCUUUGUUCAGCUGGAUAAAGGUCUAAUGGAGGCUCGUACAGCAGCUAAAACACCAUUGUUUAACCCCUUAAGGACCAAACUUCUGGAAUAAAAGGGAAUCAUGACAUGUCACACACGUCAUGUGACCUUAAGGGGUUAAACAUAGAAUUCUAGAACUGUGUUCACGUAUGUUCAGUAAUCGUGUUGGAAUUUAAAUAGUCACUGACAUGCCAGUUUGGUGGGUUAUAGUUCUUCAGAUCCUGUUACAUUUGUGACCUUACCAUUUAGUGCUUCUGAAAUGACCAUAAUUGUAUAGUUUCUACAUUGCUUAUGUGUACCAAUCUCCUUGUGUAUAGAAGUCUUUAAAGAUGCUUAGAACUGGGUAUCUUCUUCCCCUUCUUGCUUCUUGCUGAUUUUAAAACUCAGGCCCAUGUUUGUUUAUGUAUUCUGCUUUCUCAACACUAUGUGUUUAUUCCUGCACAUUAUAAAUGGGACCUGAUGGAAUACACCCAAAGUUAUUAAAAGAGCUUAGUGGUGUACUAGCAAAACCAUUAACAGAUUUAUUUAACCAAUCAUUGUUAACAGGAGUAGUCCCAGAAGAUUGGAAGUUAGCGAAUGUUGUGCCCAUUCACAAAAAAGGUAAUAGGGAGGAGUCGGGCAACUAUAGGCCAGUAAGCCUUACUUCAGUAGUGGAGAAAGUGAUGGAAACCAUGUUAAAGGAUAGGAUUGAUGAACAUCUAAAAACACAUGGAUUUCAAGAUCAGAGACAACAUGGGUUUACUUCAGGGAGAUCAUGCCAAACUAAUCUUAUUGAUUUUUUGAUUGGGUAACUAAAAUUAUAGAUCAGGGUGGUGCAGUAGACAUUGCUUACCUAGAUUUCAGUAAGGCUUUUGACACUGUUGCACAUAGAAGGCUUAUCAAUAAACUGCAAUCUUUAAGUUUGGAUUCAAAUAUUGUUGAAUGGGUAAGGCAGUGGCUGAGUGACAGGCAACAGAGGGUUGUAGUCAAUGGAAUAUAUUCGAAGCUUGGACUUGUCACCAGUGGGGUACCUCAGGGAUCUGUACUUGGACCCAUUCUCUUUAAUAUUUUUAUUAGUGAUAUUGCAGAAGGUUUUGAUGGUAAGGUAUGUCUUUUUGCUGAUGAUACUAAGAUAUGUAACAGGGUUGAUGUUCCAGGAGGGAUAAGCCAAAUGACAAAUGAUUUAGGUAAACUAGAAAAAUGGUCAGAAUUGUGGCAACUGACAUUUAAUGUGGAUAAGUGCAAGAUAAUGCAUCUUGGAUGUAAAAACCCAAGGGCAGAGUACAGAAUAUUUGAUAGAGUCCUAACCUCAACAUCUGAGGAAAGGGAUUUAGGGGUGAUUAUUUCUGAUGACUUAAAGGUAGGCAGACAAUGUAAUAGAUCAGCAGGAAAUGCUAGCAGAAUGCUUGGUUGUAUAGGGAGAGGUAUUAUCAGUAGAAAGAGGGAAGUGCUCAUGCCAUUGUACAGAACACUGGUGAGACCUCACUUGGAGUAUUGUACACAGUACUGGAGACCGUAUCUCCAGAAAGAUAUUGAUACCUUAGAGAGGGUUCAGAGAAGGGCUACUAAACUGGUUCAUGGAUUGCGGGAUAAAACUUACCAGGAAAGGUUAAAGGAUCUUAACAUGUAUAGCUUGGAGGAAAGACGAGACAGGGUGGAUAUGAUAGAAACAUUUAAAUACAUAAAGGGAAUCAACACAGUAAAGGAGGAGACUAUAUUCAAAAGAAGACAAACUACCACAACAAGAGGACAUAGUCACAUUCUAUGUAUCUAUGUUACCUCUCAAGUUAAAACCGCAGGACCCGGCCAUAUCGCUCUUUUAUUCAUAGCUCAAUCUCUACACCACAGUACUCAAACUUUGGUGUCAAGGUGAGGGUUUUUGGUUUUAUAUUAAAAAAAUUUUUUUUUGUCAUUUUAACAUCCUUCUAAAUACAUACUAAAUGCAUGUACACAUCAGUGGUCCUUGUUUUGUUUGUAUAUGUGGAGCUUUAAGCUCCCCUGUCUGUAGCGCAAAGAUUCAGCAUUAAUGAUCCAUAGAGAAAUCUAAAUUGGAGGGGAAUAUUAGAUGUGCAAAGCAAGAAAGGCUUUAAAUAAUAUAAUGAAGAACAACCUUAUGAAGGCUCUUACAAUGUUAGGAUUUAACCUACCAGAUCUCGGAUACUAUUAGUGCAGAGAUGGUAAUACAUCAUUUAAAUGAAGGAGACAGAUAUUCCUAUGUUCCUCGUGCUAAGGAUGUGUCCUGAUCCUUAUUUACUAUAGUUAGAUACAGUAACUAACAUUGAUUUCUGUUAAACAAACCAGUAAUCUGUGUGAGGAAUUUAAGCAUUUUGUCUUGGUUGUGUAGUAGUUAAGAGGGUUUUUGUGUUUUGUUUCUUUAAUUAAAAAAAAAAGCUGGUAUUUGACUUUGAAGCCUGGAUCAGCAACUCGAUUCUCCUGGGGUAUCUGUAUAAUAUACAAUCCUGUUUGCAUUUUCUCUAUAUGAAAAAGAGUUUGUGUUUGUGUGUCGUGCUUUUUUGUUUUUAAUGACUCUGUUCCUGUUUAGAGGUUGGUCUGCAAAGAAUAAUGGCUGAAAGAGGGAAAUGCAGAAAUUGACAUGUUGUGUCUUUAUUUCAGCCACACCUGCCCCAAGUGAAAGGGGUGAGAAUGGAGGAACCCCAAUCGAUAGAGAGGAGUCAGAGAGCAAGGAUGAAAAGGAGAAAGAGGCGAAGGGUACAGAGAAUAAAGAUCCGGACACUGACCAAGCUGGAACUGGAAGAGUAUGUGUUCUGUCUUCUCAUAUACAUAACCUGCUUGUUUAUAACACUGUGCUGGUUAAGUGAGAUAGAACUGACGUGUUUUGCAUUCCUUCUAGACCCCGAGCCCUCCGGACACUGUCAGCCCACCAUCCACUGCUGUACCAGAGAAGAGUGAGGAUAAACCGACUGCUGAAUCCACAGAUGUACCCAUUGGAAAGGAGGAACCAGAUGUCCCUGCUGUGGAGGAAAAGCCUGGUGUGUGUAUAUUACUGUAUAUUGUAGUGAUGGUAUCAGACGGAGAGCGUGAUAUAUUCACUAAGCAACUCUCAACAUACAAUCGAGGGACGUAGGACCAUCUGAAUUGUGCUUCUCCUCUGCAAAACUGACCCCAGAUCUCCAGGACCUGAAAUAUCUGGCAACCUAACUGUAAGAAAACCCACUCUCUCUCAUCCCAGGAGCACACGACAUUACCUUUUUACCUCCAAUAGUAAUAUUAAUUAUAGAGGACCCUUGACUUUAAUACUAUUUUAUAAAUAUUGUCAGUGGUGUAUCCUGGUUUUGUGCUGCAUGACAAAACUCAGACACACCCCUACCCCCCCCCCGCUUUCUAAAUACACAUACACACUCACUGACAGACACAUAUACACUCAGUGUCAGACACACACAUUCACUAGCUAACUGACAUACACACUCACUUACAGACACAUACAGUCACUAGCAGACACACAUUAACUAACAGACACGCAUACACUCACUAACAGACACACACACACACUAACAGACACACACAUAGUAACACACUCCCUAACAGACACACACACACUCACACACACUAACAGAGACACUCACUAACAGAGACACACACACACUCACUAACACACACAUUCGCAAACUCACAUUUUUUUUUUAAAUUCAAUCCUCCCAGCCUCCUUAUCUUUCCCUGGAGUCCAGGGUGGCCGAUCAGUCACUGCAGUCGGCGAGGGAGCACUGAUCCUCCUGUUCAGCUCCCUCGCGCGCCGCAUAGUGAUGCAGGAGCCGCAAUGACGUCAUAUUCCGGCUCCUGCAUCACUGCGGUGCGCGCGAGGGAGCUGAACAGGAGGAAAGUGCUGCCGCUGCCAGCCUGGGGUGCCCUGAGUUGGCCACCCGGCCAGUUCCUGGGCCCCCCAGGACAAGAGGGCUGGCAAGGCAUUUGCCAGGCCGAUUGGGGGGCGGCUUUUGCCACAUUUUUUUUUUUUUUUUUUUUUGGCAAAUGCCUUGUUUGCCUCGGGGUAAACACACCCCUGAAUAUUGUACUUGCAUAAUCAAGCACUGUGAGCAGAUGUCUUUCAUUGGAGUCUGUCUUCUAUAUUGUACAUUGUUUGUAAUGUGGAUGAAGAAAUGAGUGCUCUUAAACCUUUUCCCUUCCACAGUCCCUGAUCUCGAGAAAGUGCUGGAUGGAGUUACUGAGCAGGACAAGGCUUCAGAGAGACCAGAUGGAGUACCAGGGGAUUCACAGAGAGGUGAGGUGAUAUAUAAACUGGGCCUCUACUACGCACUACCUGUCAAUGUCACCUAGCAGGGGGUGGGACAGAAGACAUGAUUAACUUGACGGUCAUUGAUUCAGUAAUUGAAGCAUGGAGUCAAUAGGAUGGGAUGACAUAUCUCCUUGGAGCCCUGAGUACUCAUAAUGUGCUAUCGGGACACACUAGCCUCUGAGAUGUUAGUUUGGAGUUUGCCCUGUUUGGGGUUCAGGAUAACUUCCUUAGGAAAUUAUAAUAAUGGUAACAGGCAGCAGCUAAAUAACAAUAUGAAGGGAAGGAAUGGCAUUCAGUAAUAAUGUCUCUUUCCUUCAGUGGCAGAGGAGGGGAAGUUGGAGAAAGAGGCUGUAAAAGAUGUGACGCCCAUCAGUCAAAGGGAAGACGUAAAGCCCAGCAAUGGAAGAAAGGAGGAGAGCAAACCAGAGAGGCCUCGGUUUAUGUUCAACAUUGCAGAUGGCGGCUUCACAGGUAGCUUGCGGGAAGGUGGACGUGCGGUCACAGGGAGAGGGUAACUGAGAUCCUGAGUGAGGAAACCAGAUGUGAUGAAUCAAUGGGGAAAUAAAGGAGCAGCCUUUUCUAUCAGAUCAUGCCCUAACGCACAUUUAAUGGUGUUUGGACAAUUCUGAGACUUGUCUUCCUCCUACAGAGCUUCACACCCUCUGGCAGAAUGAAGAGCGAGCGGCCAUCUGCUCCGGCAGACUCAAUGAGAUCUGGCACCGGAGGCAUGAUUACUGGUUACUGGCUGGUAUUGUAAUGUAUCCUUCUCUGUUCUGGGGCUCUAGCAGUUCCAAUCCACUCUGUUUGAAGUUGCACAAUGUUCACGCAAAAAUAAUUAUAUGAUCACAUAUGUUGCCCAGAAUUUUGUAUAUAAAACCUGGCACCCAUCCCACCAUUUUGGCUGUGCAAGCAGGAUAUGGUUACCAGGACCCAGAUGUAUAAUGGCUGAUGAAAUCGGAGGCAUUUUUAGAGUGUUUGGAAAGAUGGGGUUAAUUUUCUCACCUGUUGAUAAUUUAUAACUGAAAGAGAAUAUUGAUCUAUCAGGGCAUGUGGAAAAUAAUUGGAUACAACCCUUCCGUGAGAGAAUGUCUACAUUAAUCUCUCCAUAUGUCUGUAAUAAAAUGACGAGGAAAUGAAGACAACUGACUCCUUGUAGAUAUUUAUGAAUUAUUUUAUAUCGUUGGGUUAUUGAUACCUUUAUUAGUGAUACAUCUGGUCAUCUUUUGUACAUAUUUAGUGUGCUGAAUGUUUUCCUUUUGUGUCUGCUUCUCUGUGGCGUGUGUUCUUAACAAUCCUUCAGACAUGGCUACGCUCGAUGGCAGGACAUCCAGAAUGACGCUCCUUUUUCUAUCAUCAAUGAGCCUUUCAAAUCAGAGACCAAUAAGGGCAACUUUUUGGAGAUGAAAAACAAAUUCCUCGCCAGACGUUUCAAGGUUUAAAAAAACAAAAUCAUUUCCAACUCUCACUCAGACUUCUCCCUGUCUUACAAUUAAUAAUAGGUGUUUGGAGUAAGCCUAAAUAAAAAAUAUAUAUAAUUCUCCUUUUUGCUAAUCUAUUCAGCUCACAAGUUCAUCUGGGAUAUACUGAUGAUAUAAUUGUGAAAAAUGCAAGGGGUGACAGAAUGGUGAUUAUAAAUAGUCUGUGGGUUUCUUUUUCCUGCUAAAAACAAGUGGAACGCAUGGGCUCUGUCACCUGUGUAAAAUACAGUGGCUUACAUGUCUGUAUAUAUACUGUCAUUGACUCACCCUGGUCAUAGCAGUAACAUCCACUAUUACCCUUUGUCCUCUGUGAAUUUCCUCACGAUGUCUUACUCUAUGAGCUGCAUCUUAAAACCUGAAUUUCUGUUAAUUAGUGCUAUGUUCCUGUUCUAUAUGCAAUAUUUAGUUAGUUAAUCGUUUCAUAGCUUCACUUACUCUUAUUUCCAGCUCCUGGAGCAGGCGUUGGUCAUAGAGGAGCAGUUGCGUCGAGCUGCCUAUUUGAACAUGACGCAGGACCCUUCCCACCCAGCCAUGGCCCUCAACGCUCGCUUCUCAGAAGUGGAAUGUCUGGCUGAGAGUCACCAGCAUCUCUCCAAGGAGUCCUUGGCAGGAAACAAGCCAGCCAACGCUGUCCUACAUAAAGGUAUGGAGAGCGAGGGGAAACGAGAGAGGAUCGCAUAAUAUCAAGAGGAUUAAACUAGCUUUAUUUGAUAAAUCUGUGGGAAGUCCUCCGACCACAAAUCAUGAACGUUGUGUGGUCACGAUGGCCUGUUGAUAAGUGCAGGCCAUUAAGUGGAAUCCAAGCCAUUCCUUGAUGUAAGCUGAUUGAGCAGGGCCCUCCACCUCUCUGUUCCUGUAUGUCCAAUUGUCUGGUUAAAAAUUACAUGUCUGUUAGUCCACCCAAUGUACAGCGCUACGGAAUGUGAUGGCGCUAUAUAAACAAUAAAAUAAUAAAAAUAAUAAUAAUAAUGAGACUUUUACUUUAAGUAUGUCUCCUAUUAGACGAUGGCCAAUAUUGAAAUGAAAACGGCAAUUAGCAGCUGAGUGAGAGGUGAAAACGGGGAAUGUCUGGUGCCGUAUGCACAAUUUCUGAGCUGUCUCCCUCUUUAGUGCUGAACCAGCUGGAGGAGCUGCUGAGCGAUAUGAAGGCAGAUGUUACACGCCUGCCUGCCUCCCUCGCACGUAUCCCUCCCAUCGCGGCAAGACUGCAGAUGUCAGAGCGCAGUAUCCUGAGCCGGCUUGCAAGCAAGGGGAGCGAAAGCACGGCUCCGCCGGUGAGAGACUGGUGGGGCAAGUCAGUAAACACUGGAUGGGGGGAAAGUGCAGAAAAGUGAAUAAUAGAAUGUCUAAUGGUAAAAUUAAACUUUAAGAAGAGUUGGAUCCUGGUCUUCAAAAGAUAGAUAGGCGGUUAACGCAGCAUCAAAGCGGGGCCAGCUUUAUAUGCUGCUAGUCUUUAUCAUUUUGUUUUCUUCUGCUUUUGUUUUUAACCUUCAGGUGGGCAGACACUCCGUGCUUUGUUCUACUUACAUCAGCUGGAGGACAGACACAUGUAUCUCUCUCAAUACGUUCUUAGCGUUUUACUAGACUACACAUUGUAGACAUGUCUUUUUAUUGGGGGAAAAACUGUCUGUUGAAGCAGAUGUUAACCUAAAAUCUUGGAAUACGCUGCCAGCUUAAUCCCUGCCACUUCUUAGUCCAAUCCUGAAACCGUGAAAUAUCCGUUCUCAUAGCGGACUAUCCCUUUAACACUUGUAUUGUCAGGGAGAUCGAAUGCUACACUGACAUUAACGUAAUUCAGUGGUUAAAACUGAGUGCUUUGUAAAUAAGCAGCAUAGCUGGUAACUGGUUUCUUUUAGUUGAGACCAAGGAAUUUAUCUACUCAGUGAGUUAAAAGUUGACUUGGUGAUUGAGAACUUUUUAGCUAUUUUGUCCUAUGUUUCACUAAUCACAAUACAUGGUACCACCCCUUAGGCACCUAAAUUAUUGUUCUGCUGUUGAGAUUUUUCUUAUUUGCAGGUGGGAUUUAGGAUUUUUUUUUUUUUUUUAAAUGAAUGCACUUCAAUUCCGCUUUAUAUUCCCAGGUGUUCCCCCCUGGACCAUACACCACCCCGCCUCUCUUCGGGGGACCAUUCACAAGCAACCCCUCCACAGCUACACUUUCCGGGGCGAACUAUAAUCAGAUGCCUCUGGGAUCAUUCCUUUCAGGUACGAUAGGUGGCUGGGACUCUCAUUUAGCGUUAACAGUAAAUGGAAGGAUGGCACCAGGUGCUCCAGGCACUCUAACCACUUCAAUUAGAUUAAGUGAUUACAGUGCGUCGAGUGUCCCUUUUAAUUACCAAGCUAUUCUACCAGCAAAUGUUUGCUAUCAGUCAAUUCUUGAAAAACUACUUAAAACCAUUCUACAAAAUAAUGGGAUUUGUUCAAUGGAUUUAACUGUUUUGUACAACAGUGGUAUGAAAAUGUAAAUAUGAUAAAGCCGUCUUGUGCUUUGAAAUACACAUGGUUCUUCAUUAUUGUGUCUAGAGAUGAAGAAUAUGUUUCUAAUUCUCUUGUAUUUUUCUGUUACAUUCCAUUUCUUCUGUCUUUGCCACAUUCUAAUAUUCUCUGUUGUUGUCCUUUCAGCUUCCAAUGGUCCCUCUGUCCUUGUGAAAAAAGAAAUGGAUUUAAUGGACAGGAAAGAAGGGAGAGGGGGAGAGGUGAUCUGCAUCGAUGACUGAAGCUUUCUCCACCCUUGUUGCUGGCUAAUGAAUGGGAAAACCUUGUGCAGAACUGAGGGGAACCAGUGAUAGACCAGAGGCCACAGUGAAUAUUGGCCAUAUCUUUUUGUCAUCAUGGUGGUCUGCCUCUUCUGCUUGAUACCCAAUCCGGAAUGGAGCUACAAGUCUGUCUCUGCAGUGGGGAUAAUAGCCAUGUGUUAGUCUUCACCAGACCAGUGCGGGUGCUGCAAACAAAUAUGGCAGCUAUGACUUUGUUCCUGCCCCUGCAGGGUGCCACAAACUGCAUUAUGCGUAUAUCCUUUCCUUGCACUUUCUAAUGUAUGGUGUCACUUACUGAGAUACCACGUUCACUUCUAGAACGCAAACACCCAGAAGGAGCCUUGCUCUGUUCCCGUCUAUUCAGGGUGUCACAGUGGUGUAAACCAAAGAGGGCUAAAAGCUGGUUUCUCCCCUGCCUAGGACAACCAGUAACAGUAAUGUGCGUAAAGAGAUAACGGUGCCUGUUGUUUCAAUUUUAACUUUAAUUUACAGAACAUUGACUAAACGGCACUAAAUGUAAUCACAUAGAGUGGACUGAACCUGACCGCCAUUAACCCUGCCCCCUCCACUGUAGAGCUAGCGGAUGGACUAAAAGUAAAACCAAUUAAAGGUUUUAAUGGAUCCUUUAAUAAAAAAUAACAUUAGUGGUAGUGUUCAUUUAAGUUUGCUUUGUAUGAGAUGGCACAUUCAGAGAAGUUGAAAUAUCCUUUUGCUAUUCUUGCAGACAGAGGACUGUCAUUGUUAUUUUCAUUGUGCUUUUUAUUCUGGGAUCUGACCAUGGCUGUAUUGUAAAUGGCUGUAAACACCAAUUGGAACACAGCUUUUUGUGGAUUUGUUAUUUUGUUUUACCAGUAAAACUGACAAAAGGAAUUUUAAACACAUAUAUUUGAGCUUUUCUCUUUGUGCUAUAUUAUAUAAAAUCCAUUUAGAUUUCUAAAGAAUGCAAAAAGUUAUUUCCCCACAGUGUGACAGCAGUGAGUAACGCAUAGGACGUUUCAAUCUCCUGUCCAUCUAUCUGUCACGAUGUCCUCUCUGCGCCUCUCCUGCAGUGAUCUCAUUCCAACCAACGUUGUAUACCAUGUAUAUACAUACACGUCGCUUCCGUAUAAUGCUGCCUCUGGCCUGCAAUGCCUUGUGUGGUUCUGUUUCUCUCAUGGUCCGCUCUUUGCCCCGUGAUGUACAUAUAAAUUAUACUUUUUAUUUCACUCCGUUGCAUUAAUCUGUGUCGUUUGUUCCUCUCAUUUGAAGGUAAUGCGUACUUGUAAAACAAGUUAUUUCUGUGUGUGAAAC